AUGGAACUGUGUUCACAAAUAGAAGAUGGCAGUUACCUCUCAAACAUGGAAGUCAAUAUAUCUGCAAGCCCACUGCAGGGUAGUGAUGAUGACUUGCAGUUCAAGACCCCGACGCUGAGCAGCAUUCUCCAGCCUCGGAUUUCAAACAACACCCCUCAGUUGCUGAAUGUGCAAAAUAACCAUAUUGUCAUGGCGCUGCCCACCCCCAGAGCUGGUUCUUGGAACAAAGUGCACCAACCCUUUGCACAAGCAAACAUUGUGAAUGCCCAGCAGAGAGACCAUGGGAUUUUCACCAGAGAGGUGCUGAAGUGGAACUAUGACAUGUUUGCAAACUUUAAACUGUUUGGGCCACCAAGCCAUCUCCUUCAGUCUAUUGUUGCCCCUGUCACAGCCAAGUUUGAGGAUUACAAUGACUACUUCAAUACUUUCUUCCCCUUAAUGAUGCUAAAUGCAUUUGAAACGGUAAGCUGGCAACAGACCACCUCGUUUUUCUUUCCUCCUCAAAGGAAAUCCUCCCACUAGCUGCAAUUAAACUCUCUCUCUGUCUCUCAAUUUCAAAAGUUGACAAGUUGACACAUGUUUCCAAAGACACAUCCCUUGUGUGUUCAACUUCACAGCCCCCCUCCAUGGUUGCCCCCGUAAUGUUUAAAUUUGCUGCAUAUUAUCAAUAUUCUAUACCUUGUCUUUUCCACACUGUACUCAACAACAAGUAUUCAGUUGCUGUUCUUCAUUCAAAUCCUACCUACAUUUUAACAUGUUUACAAUAAUUCUUUAAAUAUUCAACAAAAGGUUUCCACUCCUCCUUAAAACCUACCUCUUCUUGAUCUCUAAUUUCCAUAGUUAAGUUUGCCAAUUCGGCAUACAGUGGUACCUCGCAAGACGAAUGCCUCGCAAGACAAAAAACUCGCUAGACGAAAGGGUUUUUGUUUUUUGAGCUGCUUCGCAAGACGAUUUUCCCUAUGGGCUUGCUUCGCAAGACGGAAACGUCUUGCAAGUUUGUUUCCUUUUUCUUAACACCGUUAAUACAGUUGCGACUUGACUUUGAGGAGCAACUCAUAGAACGCGGUGUGUAGCCUUUUUGAGGUUUUUAAAGACUUUGGUGAUUUUUGAAGCUUUUCCAAAACUUUCCCGACACCGUGCUUCGCAAGAGGAAAAAAAUCGCAAGACGACAAAACUCGCGGAACGAAUUAAUUUCGUUUUGCGAGGCACCACUGUAUUCUGUCAGUUUAAACUGCCACUCUUCUUUAGUAGGUGUCUCCUGAUUUCGCCAUUUUUGUGCAUAGAGUACUCUUGCUGCUGUUGUAGCAUACAAUUGGUUCGUCUGUCUUCUUGAAACAUCUGACCCAGUUAUCCCUAAGAGAAAUGCCUUGGAGUUUUUUGGGAGCAUCACCUUAUGUAAUUUUUUAACCUCAUUAUAAACCAUCUCCCAAAAACUCUUAGCCACUUUACAUGUCCACCACAUCUGGUAAAAAGUGUCUUCUGCUUCUUUACAUUUCCAACAUAAGCCUGACUCUGAUUUGUACAUUUUUGCUAGCUUACUCGGUGCCAAGUACCAUCUGUGAGUCAUUUUCAUAAAGUUUUCUUUCAAAACAUAACACACUGAGAAUUUUAUAUUCAAUUUCUACAGUUUUUCCUAUGCCUUCAUCUCUAUAUUGUGCCCACAUCGCUAGUUCAGUGGAUCAUAGCAGAUUUAUCUAUUUCAAUCUUUAGUUUCUCAUCCUAAAAGCCUCUUAUACAUCUUUGAAAUUAGUUUUUCUCUGUUCUCUAAUAACUCUUUUUCAAACUGAGAGCUUUGAUUAAUAAACCCAUGCUUCUUACCUUGUUUAAAUACUUCAAUCAGUUGAUAGUAUUGCAACCAAUUGAUCAACCAAUCCUUUUUAUCCUCUAACUUCUUAAGCAGGCAUAGGCAAACUCGGCCCUCCAGAUGUUUUGGGACUACAAUUCCCAUCAUCCCUAGCUCACAGGACCAGUGGUCCGGGAUGAUGGGAGUUGUAGUCCCAAAACAGCUGGAGGGCCGAGUUUGCCUAUGCCUGUUCUUAAGCAUCACACCCUCUUCUGUGAGGUCCAGUAGGUCCCUAUAGGUCACCCAUUUCUUUUCCAUGUUUUGUUUUUUUCUGUGAAAUUGCUUUUUUAAUUACAUUUUUCAAAAAUAUUUUGACAAAAAUACAGAUCCAAUAUUUUCAAACAAAUACCGUAUUUUUCGCCCCAUAGGACACACCGCCCUAUAGGACGCACCUAGUUUUUUUUUUUGGGGGGGGGGAAAUAAAGAAAAAAGAGGUGUCUCGUUCAUGCAAAAGGGAUUUUUGUAAGCCUAACUGUUGCACUAGUGUAGUAGUGGACUCUAGGGUUUUUUGGCAAGGGGGGAGCGGGGUUAAAAGUGUCCCAUUUGGGUUUUUUUUGGAUGGGGCAGGUGUUGAAUGUUUUUAUUUAGUUUUACAAAUGUAUGCAUCAAAAUUAUGCUAAUACAUCAAUAGACUUUUUUUUUUAAGCAAUACAGUCCUCCCUCCCAAUCCCACUAAGCGAGAGCAUGUGUAUUUAACAAAAUACAUUGCAUCACAAUUGUCCAUGAGUAGAUGGAGGCUGCUAAUUUGAUGGAUUCCCAAACAGGAAAGUAAUAACAGAACAUCAUAUGUCCAUAAAAUGGUUGGAGUCUUAUGUUCAAUAUAGAGCUUUCAUAUAUUUGGUAAGUUUCUUCGUUAAUAUCACUGUCCAUACCUUUUGUCCUCAUAAGAAAAGUUGCAAGUUUGCUAAAUUUCUCCAGUUUUGUGCCACCAGUUGUUGGGCUGCUGCAAGCAGGGAUUUUAUUAUUUCCUUAGACUGUAACUCCUCUUGCUCUCUGUGAAAAUCAGUCAAUAAAGUUAACUGUGGUGAGCCACAGACUCUCUGGGCCCCAUUUAUGAGCAGGGAAUCCUGCCCAAUGGUUUUAGCAGCCCACAUGUGGUGGAAGAGCAGUCUCUUAAGCCUAUGCUUCCAUUUCCCUGCAGAUGGCACAGGAGUGGCUAGAGAACCAGAAAUCAAAAGAGCAAAGGCCUUUUGAGUUGAAUUUGCUGAACUUCAAUGCAGACACAAAUGAAGCAGAUUUUACAAGUGAGUGAGAAUUUCACUGCAUAUAAACAAAUGGGAAGUAGAAAUGCAGUCCUGUUUUUAAUGGUGGUUGUAGUAGAUAACAGAAGUGCUUGUGUUAACAGACUGUUGGGGUGAGCAGUCAAGGGCUAUUAUACUUUAUUCUGCCUGUAUCUUUUUUGCUUUUCUGCCCAACACAGAAUGUUGAUGUGUAUUUUAGCCUGUUUUCAGUUUCUCGUUGAUUUGAUUUUUAAAAAAUGUUUUAAAUAAUUUUUUUACCAAUUAUUUUAUUGUUUUAAUCUUUUGGUAAACUGCUUUGAAGUUGUGAAAAACCAAACAAGCCGUGUAUAAAUUUUAUGAAAUAAAAUAAACCAAUAUCUGUGACAAACAAACUGAUAUCCAGGUGCUGCAAAUGAUGAAAUGAAUAAUGAAUAAAAAUCAAUAUUAUUUGAUUAAAAAGAAAAAACGAGGAUUGAGGCAAGGUGUGCCUGCUUUAUCUCAAUACCCAGAAUGCUCUCCAAAAUGGACCUCAGCAGGUCUCACCAAUGAAAAAGCUCAUACAACUAAAUUGAGUGAAUAUUUAUUAGAAUGUGCGACUGGGUAACCAAAAACAUCUGGAAUUCAAAGUUCAGCUGUAGCAACUUGUGCGCGACAUGCCUACUGUUUUAUUAAGAGCUUUUGGUAACAACGUAGUUGUAUCUGUAUGUGGCUAAAUGCUUGCAUAUUUUUGUUGUGUGUGUUCAAAUUACUUCUCCAGUUAACAUCUCAAGAAGCAAUUUAGACAAACAGCUGCACCCAAAGGAAUGUGACUUGGUGUUCUUAAUAUUGUCUGAAAAGCAAAACUUCUGUAGCAAAGAAGGCAAGGCAGAGAGCUGUCCAUUACGCCAUGUGGGCUAUGUGACUCGGUUUUAUACUGGUAGGUGUUGUUGUUUUUUAAAAAAACUAAUAAGUAAGUGUACAAAACAAUUAUGUUAGCCAACCCUUGGUGUCAGUAAGUUAUUUGAUUUGGGAUGGGGGACCCAUUUCUGCUAUUUCAGCAUGAAAUUCUGGCUUAGUCCAGGUAUUGCACCAAGCUUUGUGGUUAAGAAAGCUUAACUAUAGUUUGGCAUGAAGUUUUGAGUUGACAAACCAUGGUUUAUCAUCCACUGGCAAGCCAAGAAGCCAUGGAUUGAGAUCAGAAGCCAUUGUUUGAAGUGGGGUUACAAGCCACGGUUUUGGGAAAUGGAAGCAGGCAAAGAACUCUAAACAAUGUACAGUCUGUUAAUAUGUAUGCUAGAAAAGCUCUCAAAUCAUGAUUUGAAUGCUAGAUGAUAAUGAAUGCAUACACUGUGGUUUCUGAAUUGUACCCCUGUGUAUCUCUCUCUCUCUCUCUCUCUCUCUCUCUCUCUCUCUCUCUCUCAGAGAUGAAAGAGCAGGAUGCCUGUCUCCUGUCUGUCAAGACACAAGGAAAUUUGUCCGGUGUUGAUAAGAAUGUCAGGUGUAUGGUGGUCAGUUCUUUGGUGACAACGGAGCAAAUGUUCAAGGCCCUCCUUCUUCUGAACCGAAGCCCUCUAGCCAAAGCCAUAAUCAGCCCACAAAACUCUGACUUCUGUCUGACAGGCUCAACUGUGGACUUGGAGACUUCUGUAAGUGUUUGUUUUAAAAGGCAAUAUAACCCACUUCUGACUUGGGGAGGUGCAAGAUAUUUUGCUACCCAUUACACAAAUCGUAUGCCAAUGAGCCAGGUGUUAAGCUGAAACUCCCUCAGAGAUGGGCAGAGAAGACCAGAGAGAGGCAAGAGAAUAUUUCUACUCCAGCAGCCAACUUUCCGGAGGUGGAGGCGGGGGAUAGGAGGAGAGACAGUUAGCUGUUAAGAUUAGCAGCAGAUGGAAGCUUUCUCCUGCCAUCUCCAGGGAAGCCUUCGGAAUUAUGGUUCACACACCGCCGCUUUUCAAGUGUUGCCCGUAACAUGUGGCCACAAAUCUGCAUCUCUUGGGAACAUGGUCUUUUAGAUGUGAGACAAGGGUGGGGACCUCAGUCCCAGGGGCCAAAUGCCACCCUCCAGGCCUCUCUGUUGUUGUUUUUUUAAAUAAUUUUUAUUAAUUUCCCAACACAAAUAAACAAUCAUAUCAGAAUUUCCACAAAUUUAACACUAUUUGGACUUCCUUCAGCUUCUCUGACAAUCAUCCAUAUUUGCCUCCCAGUUACGCAUUUCUUCUGUUUAUAUUGCCGUUAACCUUCCCUCCCACUUCUAUUUCUUUCAAACAAUAUAUCUCAACUUUCACAGUGCUUCUUGGAACCCCACUAGUGUUGUUUGCACAUCACACGUUCUUUUCAGAUAUUCAACAAAUUUCCCCCAGUCCUUGAUGAACUUUUGGUCUCGUAGAUAUCUGAUUUUCCCAGUUAGUCUGUCCAGUUCUGCAUAGUCUGUCAGCUUCAGUCUCCAUUCUUCUACCGUCGGUAUUUCCUCUUGUUUCCAUUUCUGGGCCAGUAGAAUUCUUGCUGCUGUAACUGCAUAUUGGAAAAGUUUACAGUCCUUUCUUCUUAUUUCCUUUCCUGUAAUCCCUAAAAGAAAUAUCUCUGGUUUCUUUGCAAAUGUACAUUUUAACAUCUUUUUCAUUUCAUUGUAUAUCAUCUCCCAAAAUCCCUUCACUUUCUUACACUCCCACCACAUGUGAUAAAACGUUCCUUCUGUUUCCUUACAUUUCCAACACUUAUUACACGUCUUAUACAUUUUUGCUAAUUUUACCGGUGUGAUAUACCAUCUGUAAAACAUUUUCUUUUAGUGCCAUACAAGCAGUGAAUCUUAAGUUCUCCUUCCACAGUUUUUCCCAAUCCUCAAACUGUAUAUUGUAACCAAAAUCUUUGGCCCAUUGUACCAUUACCGAUUUAACUUCCUCAUCUUUCAUAUUCCAUUCCAACAAUAUUUUGUACAUUUUUGACAGAAUUUUAGAAUCAUUAUUUAUCACUUCUGUCUGGAACUUUGAGUCUUUUUCUACAUAACCCUUUUCUUUGAUAUCUUUUUUAAACAUUUCAUUAACCUGAAAAUAAUGCAACCAGUCAUAAACAUGUUCUCUAACUUGUUCGUAUGGCUUUAGUUUCCAUUUUCCUCCUUCUUUGAUUAUCAAUUGACCAUAUGUAAUCCAGUUACCGCUCAUAUUUAUUUUCUUUACACUCAUAACCUCUAAUGGAGACAACCAGUGUGGAACUCUGGGUUCUAAUAGGUUUUUGUACCUAUCCCAUAUUUCUAUUAGUGAGCGCCGAAAUAUGUGGUUCCCGAAACCUUUAUGAAUUUUAUUCUUUUCACACCACAAAUACGCGUGCCAUCCAAAUCUGCUGUCAAAUCCUUCUAAAUCUAAUAACUCCUUAUUCUCUAAUUUUAUCCAUUCUUUCAACCAGCAAAGACAUGCUGCUUCGUAGUAUAGUUUCAAGUCCGGCAGAGCGAAGCCUCCUCUUUCCUUUGCAUCUGUUAAUAACUUAAAUUUAAUUCUCGGCUUCUUACCCUGCCAGAUAUACCUUGAGAGCACUCUUUGCCACUCUUUAAAAAUUACUACCCCCUUUAUUAUGGGGAUAGUCUGAAACAAAAAUAACAUCUUUGGAAGAACACUCAUUUUAACCAUAGAGAUUCUACCCCAAAAGAUAACUUCAAUCUUCCCCACAUCUCCAAAUCUUUCCUCAUUCCAUUCCAGACCGGUGUAUAAUUAUUCUGAAACAAAUCAAUAUUUUUAGGAGUUAACCAAAUUCCUAAAUAUUUUACCUUUUCACCACCUCUCUCUCUAUUCUUUGUUGCAUUAUUUCUAUCAUACUUUGAUCCAUAUUUUUAGCAAUUAUUUUAGUUUUCUUCUUGUUUAGUCUGAACCCUGCCACAUUUCCAAAUUUCUCAAUCUCUUCCAAUAUUUCUUUUACACUUUCUAAUGGUUCUUCAAUCGUAAUUACUAGAUCAUCUGCAAAGGCUUUCACUUUGUAUUCAUUCUGACCAACUGUUACCCCUUUUAUUAAUUCAUUUUGUCUCAUCGACCUCAAAAAACCUCUAGGACCAUUAUAAAUAGCAGUGGUGAGAGUGGACAUCCCUGUCUAGUUCCUUUUGUUAUUUUGAUAUCUUCUGUAAUCACAUUAUUAACAAUUAAUUUUGCUUUCUGCUCUGUAUAAAUUGCCUUUAUCCCAUUAAAAAACUCUAUCCCCACAUCCAUAUAUUCCAAGUUCUUCAACAUAAAAUCCCAAGCAAUAUUGUCAAAGGCCUUUUCAGCAUCUACAAACAUUAAUAUAGCUUGUUUCUCAUUCCUGGCAGUCAGAUACUCCAAAAUAUUAAUUACAUUUCUUAAUUCAUCUGCCUGCCUGGAAGGAAACCCGCUUGAUCUUUGUGAAUAAUUUCUUGCAAUAUCUUUUUCAAUCUGUUCGCUAAAAUCCAUGCAAAUAUCUUAUAGUCUGUAUUAAGCAGUGAAAUAGGCCUGUAAUUUUUAACUUGUGUUAAAUCUGAGUCCUGUUUAGGGAUAAGUGUAAUAAAUGCUUCUUUCCACGUUUCAGGGAUGCCUCUUUCUUUUAAAAUAAUGUUCAUGACUUCUUUCAAUGGUGUCAUUAAAGCAUCUCUCAGUUCUUUAUAGUAGCCUGAUGUAAAUCCAUCUGGUCCAGGGGCUUUCCCCCUUUUCAGUUCCUUUAUGGCCUCUUUUAUCUCCUCGUUUCCUAUUGGGGCAUUCAGUUGGUCUUUCUUUUCUGCCGGGAUCUUCUGCACCUUUUUUUCUUUCAAAAAUCGUUCUAUUUUCCUCAUAUUAUUUCUUUUUCUGUUUUUAUAUAGUUGUCUAUAAAAGUCCAAAAAUCCUUUUCUAAUUCCUUUCGGAUUGUCAACCUCUUCUCCGGUUACAAUAAUUUUAUUAAUUGUAUUUUGCUCUUUUCUCUUUUUGGUUUGCCACGCAAGCCAUUUACCAGAUUUGUUCGCAAAUUCAAAGUUUUUUUGUCUUAACCUUUUAAUAUUCAGUUCUAUUUCUUUAUUUAUGAUCAUUGCAAAUUGUGUUUGUAAAGUCUUAAUCUCUUGUUUUAUUUUAAAAUUAUUUUGUUUUUUAAUUAAUUUUUGUUCAUUGUCCAUAAUCUGCUUUAGGAUUUCUUUUUUCCCUUUUUCUCUAUUCUUAUUCUUCAAAGAAUUCUGUUGGAUAAAGAAACCUCUCAUCACUGCCUUGCUUGCAUCCCAUACUACACUCAUCUUCGUUCCUUUAUUGCUGUUGUCCACAAAAUACUCAGUUAGUUUCUUUUGUGCUUUUUCAAUGAUUUUUUUAUCGUCGAAGAGGUAAUCAUUGAUUCUCCAUCUAAAGGUUCUUUCCUCGAAUCCUUUCAAUUCCAUUUUUAUUGGAUUAUGGUCUGAAAUUAUUCUUGGUUGUAUCUCAAUUUGAAGAAUUCUUGGAGUCAAAUCGUUCGACACCCAUAUUUGAUCUAUUCUUGACAUUGACUGAUUCGGUUCAGAGAAAUAAGUGAAUUGUUUUUCCAAUGGAUAUCUGAGUCUCCAAAUAUCGAUCAAAUUAUAAUUCUUUACCAUUGCGAAAAAAGUCAUAGGCAAUUUUCCUUCUUUGCUUGAUCCAUCUCUUAGUCUGUCCAUUUCCAAUGAGACCACUCCAUUCAUGUCUCCCAUUACUAUGAUUUUCUGGUCCAUAUAUUCAAAUAGUUUUUCUUCUAAAGAUUUAUAAAAACCUGUCUUGUUUCCAUUAGGUGCAUAGAUCCCGACAAUUAUCAAAUUUUCGCCCUGCCAUUUGAUCCGUACUGCAAUCAUCCUUCCUUCUUCAUCUUUGAAGAUUUGUUGUGAUUCAAUUUUACUUUUGAUAUAUAGAACUACCCCUCUUUUUUUUCUCUUUAUCUGAAGAUACAAAAUCGUUUCCUAAUCUUUUGUUAAUCAAAAUUUUCCUAUGUUUCCUUGCGACGUGUGUCUCUUGUAAACAUAUAAUGUCCAGAUUUUUCUUUUUUAAAAAUUGUUCAAUUUUAUUCCAUUUUCCCCCCCUCAUUCAUCCCAUUAAUAUUCCAAUUCCAUAAUUUUAGUGCCAUGGUGAUUUCCAAUUAAAUAAAUUUAGUUUUCUUUUUACGCUUUUAUAAUUUAUCUGACUCUUCUUCUUCCUCUUCUUUUUCUUCUACCUUUUCCCCGUUCUCCUCUUCUUCUUCCCCCGAUUCUAAUUCAUCCUUGGCACCUGCUCCUUUUUCUGCUCCUUUGACUUCUCCAAUUUCUCCAUCUUCUACUUUUAGUUCCUUAUACCUUCUCAGAAACUUCCCUGUUUCUUCUGGACUCGUCAAUCUGCGCUUUUUGGUUUUGUAGAAAAAUGAAAUUCCCUCCGGAAAUUCCCACCUGAAUUCAAUGUUGUUUUUCUUAAGGACCUGCACCAGUGGUUUAUAUGGGUCUCUUCGUUUCAAUAAUCUUAUUGGUAUAUCUUUAAAGAUGAUUAUAUAACUUCCAUCUAUAUACAAUCUUUUCUCUCUGUUCUUCUGUAAUAUCAAAUUUCUCAUUUCCCUGUCCUUAAAGGUGAUUAGACAGUCUCCUGGGAAUUUUCUUGUUUUUGAUGUUCUUAUUCUCAUUCUAAAUGCAUUUUGUACUGUUUUAGCUACCUCUUCUAUUGGUAAUUCCAUCCAUUGGGCUAAUUCCGAUAUCAGUCUCUCUUUAAUAUUUUCAUUCUGUAUUUCUGGAAUAGCUCUCAACCUCAGAUUAACUUCCCUCUGUCGCAAUUCAUUCAUAGCAAUUGAAUCUUUAAUUUCUUCUUGUGAUUUAUUUAAUUCCAACAUCUCCACUCUAAUCCUCUCUUCCUCUCGCUUCACUUCCUUCAUUUCUUGUUUUGUCCUCUUAAAUCCUUCCUCCAGCGAUUGAGUUCUCUUAGAUACCUCUUUUAAUUGUCCUUUAAGUUCAUUAACUGUCUCAUCAAUUUUUAUCCAUUUUCCCAAUCUUAUUAUCUACUGAUUCUAGUUUUGAUUCUAAAUUAUUUUCACUUUGUUUUAUUUCGGCAAACAUUCUCAAAAUUUCUGCUUUAAACUCUGUUUCUUGUUUGGACCCCUUCCUCUCUACUGGUGUCCCCCCAUCUGCCCCUUUCUUUUGCUGGUGUGACAUCUUUAUUAAUUAUUCCUUAUUAUUCAAACAAUCUUCAAAUAUUGAUUGAACCAAUUUUUACACUGUUACACUUUGUCAAUUUUCCAAUUUCUAAUUAUAUCAUAUAGUUCAACCGUAGUUUGGGGAUGAUGAGGAUAAUGAAGAGUAUAAGAUCAGAGUAGAAACCGGAACAAAACAAACUAAAUCUUCUUGCCACCAAUUAGGCUAUUCCUCAGAAAAAAAUUGCUUCCCAUAUAAAUCCAAUACCUCGCCCAAAGGAAAAGGAAUUUCCAAAAAUCUUCCCACAAGGCUUCCCAGAAAUCUUCCCAUAAAAAACCCUUUCCAAGAUUAUAUCCAUAGAAUCAUAGAAUCAUAGAGUUGGAAGAGACCACAAGGGCUAUCGAGUCCAACCCCCUGCCAAGCAAUUCAAUUAAUUAAAUCCAAUUAAUCACGUUCCAAAAAAAUUAUAUCCAAAUGACAAAGGUCCAAAAUUAUAUCCAAGUGACAAAAUCUCAGAGGCAAAAUUCCCAAAAAGAUGAAGAAAAAAAUAAAAACAAACGCAGAACCCUUCACUUGGACUAAAAAGGCACAAGUCACUUCUCAGUAUUAUAUCCCUCAGUAUUAUAUUCCUUCGCCAGGAAAAAAAUCAGAGAAAAACAAAUUGUAGUAUCUCAUUCCUUCCACUAGGGUAACAGACAGUUCCUUUAAUAUACGCAGUUUUAGACUUAAAAGUUCCCAAUUCAUAAAAAAAGGAAAGAAAAAAAAGGGGUUUCCCAAUUGUAAUUAAUAUGCUUAAGUGACAGAGGCAGCUAUAAUCCUAUUUAGCAUUAAGGAUUCCCAUAAUAAAGUCUAAAAAGACCUUUAUCCGCUGUUUCCACCUAACCGUCGUUCCAAUAGAGUUUUAAUAAUGGAGUCGGAAGCUCCUUUUCCGUUUCAGUGUUCUUUGUUCUUUUAAAAGUGAAAGUAACAAAGCACUUCAGCCUUCUAUGUUUCCCUCCGUUGCAUCAAAGACCACAAACUUCUUCAAUCUUAACUUUCUGCUCUCCUUUCUAACUUUAGCAGGCUUAAAACUUUGUAGCUUCUUAAAGAGUUACUUUUAAAUAAAGUUCUAGGAGAGAAAGAAAACAGUAACCGCCAGUGGCAACUCACUUUCCCUUUCCAGCUCUGCGCGCCGUGUUGCGUCUAUCCUGAUUCCAGAUGACAGCUGAACUCCAAAUUUUUCUCUUUAUAUUUCGAAUCUUUCCUUGAUUUGUUACCAUGAAAUUAUAAUACAAUUAGGUCUGAAUUUCUUCUAUUUGAGAAUGGAGCGCUUCUCUUGCAAGCUCGGGGCUUCGCUAUUCGGGUGUAGAAAAUGGCUUCCCGUAGCCCACAGCCCCGCUCCUCUGUUCUCUUCGCUCCUUUUGGAGUUACCUGACGGCCGGGCGGGCUGCUCCUGGCUUCGCUGGGAACCUGUCACUCUGGGUGACCCCCCAGAGAUUAAAUUUGGGGGCUACUGCGCCCUGUAGCACCCCUUUUCGCCCGAAAUAGCACAGGAUUCUCCUCACGGAAAAAUCCUCGCUUGCGGCAGGAUCGCGCUCCACCGGAAGUCCCUCCAGGCCUCUCUGGCUGGCACUUGCAAGUCUGCCUAGGCCACACACACUGUCCCCAGUGUGCGUACAUUCCUCUGUACGCAGGAGAACUGCGACAUACAUCCAGUGGAGCUGUAUGCAUGCUUAGCAGAGUUCUGCAAGAAGCGAGGCUGUAUAGGCGUGUGGCAUCACGAAAUUUAUUAAUUUACAGCGAAUCAAAGCAACAAAACAUGACUGGUGUGAGCAGUGUCUCUCACACACGUCUUCUCUGUCCGAAAGCAGAGAACAAAGAGCAGAAAAAUAAAAACACACAGAACGGAAAUUCUCUUGUCUGAGUUUCUGUUCCCACACUUCCAGCAGUGUGGAAUGUAAAUAAGGAUCACAUGAUCCAGCAAUGCGAGAAUGAAUUAGAGACACCCAGGCCUUGCCCUUCACUGGCCUUGCUUUGCACCCUCCUUGAGUGGUGGUGGUGUUAUCUGCCUGGUUGGGAUGUGUCCUUGAGCUCUGAUCAAGCCUCUUGCUUGCCUGAAUUUGGGAGGAGAGUGGUGUCUUGAAUGUGAAGAAAGGUAAAACCCACCAUGUUUGCGUUGCUCACUUUUGUCCCUGCCAUGUGGCCCUCAGAAUGUUGUUCUGGAAGGAAUGUGGCCCUUGGACUGAAAAGGUCCCCCUGCCACUACCCAGUGCAUAAUUCCAUCUACACCUUUUUUGUCUCCUGUUUGGCUGUAUCUCACAUGGACGUGAAAUUUAGCUGCUUGGGAAAUUCACUGAGUCCCACCUGUCUUUCCAUAGCCAAAAUUAAGCUUGAGCGCACAUUACCUGUCUUAAGUCAACCUUCCCCCAGCCUGACACUCCCCAGGUGUUUGGGGCUACAACUCCCAUCACCUCCAACCAUUGGCCGUGCUGGCCAGGGCUGAUGGGACUGGUAGUCCAAAACAUCUGGUUGGCACAAAGCUGAUGAACAUCAGCAGCAGUCUUCCACAGUCUCCUCCUUCCUCUUCAUUUAUUUAUUCAAUUUAUAUCCCACUCUUCCUCCUGAAAGUUGAACUUGGGCCUUAGGAGAGAAUGACAUUGUGAUAACCUUCCUGUGGCAAUUUUCUGCAAAAUGAGAGGUCCAUUGAAGAGAGACUUCCAAAUCCUUGGGGCUUUUGUGCCUCUGAAGUGAGGACAGAUAACGCAGGGUCAGUUUCCACAAAAUGCUAAACCAAACCAUGGCUUAGUUCAAACUUGCAGGUGCUCAAAGAGGAGAUGGUGGCUAGUUUGAUUCACCUUGAGGUCCUGCUACUGUGAGCUAAACCAUGGUUUGGCUUGCAUGUGUCUUCUGGACUUGGACAUGUGGUUCAAACUUUAAGUGAGGCAAACCACAGGCUUAAGUUUGGAAAACUUGCUGUAGCCCAAACCAAGACCUAGCUCACAGCAGUAGAAUACUGUAAGCAAAGCCAUCACAGUCUCCUGUUCUGCGAACCCACAUGCUCACACUAAGCCAUGGUUUGGCAUUGUAUUAGUGUGAACUAGGUCACAGAAAUCUCGGAACGGUCCGUUCUGGUGAGAGAUGCACCUUUGUCCUCUCCUUUGCCCCACAGUCUUCGUACAUGAGGGAGCUUAAUGAAGAUCAAAGGACAGCUAUUGAAACUGCUUACACCUUCGUGAUGAAGCUGCCUUCAUUGCCCAAAGUUUGCUUGAUCCAUGGGCCACCUGGGACUGGGAAAUCUAAGACUAUCCUUGGGCUCCUUUACCGAAUCCUCAGCAAGGUAGGUCAGGUUGGUAACACCCUGCAUGUGCUGGUCCUUGUAAGAUGUGUGAGAAUAUCGAGAAGGCUGGACAACAAAUGGCAUUCCAGUAAUAAUAAUUAUUAUUAUUAAUAAUAAUAAUAAUAUAAUUUAUUUGCACCCUGCCUUCCAUAUGCAGCUUCCAGCGUAUAUAAAGACGUAGUAAAACAUUAAGCCUUAAAAAGCUUCCCUAUACAGGGCUGCCUUCAGAUGUCUACUGAAGGUAAUACAGUUACUCAUCUCCUUGACAUCUGAUGGGAGGGCGUUCCACAGGGCACCACUACUGAGAAGGCUCUCUGUCUGGUUCCCUGUCACUUCACUUCUCGCAGUGGGAACCGCCAGAAGGCCCUCGGUGCUGGUUCUCUGUGUUCAUGCUGGAUGAUGGGGGUGAAGACGCUCCUUCAGGUAUACUGGGCCAAGGGUGUUUAGGGAUUUAAAGGCCAGCACCAACACUUUGAAUUGUAUUGGGAAACAUACUGAGAGCCAAGGUACAUCUUUCAGGACCAGUGUUAUAUGGUCUCGGCAGCCACUCCCAGUCACCAGUCUAGCUGCUGCAUUCUGGAUUAGUUGUAGUUUCCAAGUCACCUUCAAAGGUAGUCCCACAUAGAGCGCAUUGCAGUAGUCUAAGCAGGAGAUAACUAGACCAUGUAUAACUCUGGUGGGACAGUGCGCAGGCAGGUAGGGUCUCAGCCUGCGUACCAGGUGGAGCUGGUAGACAGCCGCCCUGGACAUAGAAUUAACCUGGGACUCCAUGGACAGCUGUGAGUCCAAAAUGACUCCCAGGCCGCGCACCUGGUCCUUCAGGGGCACAGUUGCCCCAUUCAGGAACAGGCUGUUGUGUGUCACAUGCCUGUUUACUUUCAGCACUCGCUGGGAACUUCCGUUUGCAUAUAGCUUUUGCUUUGCUGUUUUGCUGGACACGAAGGGAUGCAGACAUGUUUUCCUUUGUUCCUGAACUAUGCUGAAUAAAUGCUGUACAUUAUGCUUGCACAUCUCUCUGUCUGCCUCUUCUGCUGUGAGGUGAUUUACACACUCUGCUGACAGAGCGUGCACGGGUCUCUAAACGUAUCUGAGGCUUGUGUGACUGUUUGAUGCUGUUCCAAGGGAGACCGGCUGCCAACUGGUGGCUGGAGCCAGCUGGGGGCCUGUCUGAUGCCUGCCUGAUGCCCCCGACUCCUGGCAGUAUCCCAACAAAAGGGUUUCGGGCCCAGAUCCAUGGCGCUUACAGGAGAGUAAGACUGCUGAUGACUCCCAGCAGAGACAGAGGUAUGUGAAGCUGAUUGUCCCGGCCACAGCUAGAAGGCUUUUGAAGUCUGUGCCAAGAACCAAUUAGGCCGGAGAGAGAAGCACGCUAUGUCUGAUUUACGACGUGCUUAAGAUAAGGCUGAUUGUAAAUUGUAUCCAGUUCCAAGGCUUGCGUGAAGAGCAGGAAUGGAUCUUUUACAAGCCUCAGAUGGGGUUCCGUGCCCAAAGCUUAAUGGCCACAGUUAUCAGACCUGGGCAAGGUACUGCAAGGCCAGUUGAGAAGGCUUGGUGUGUGGCACACUGUUUCUGAGGACCCCCAAGCACCUCUGAUUGAUGCAUGGGUUGUACAAGAUUCAAGAGCCAUGGGGGUAAUUCUGCUCUCAGUAGCUCCAGAAGAGUUAAUUACCCUGGCUGGCAAGACCAGCUCGCGUGAGAUGUGGGAGGGGCUUCAGGCCUCACAUCUCCAACAAGAAGCUAGGUCUGUGUUGCUUUACUUCAAAAAGCUGCACAAGAAGUGUUUGGAGCCGGGGGGGGGGGGACCUCAGAAGUCAUGUCCUAGAGUUACAGAAACUCAGACAGGAAUUGACUCAAAAGAGGUUUCAACAUGCCAGAAUCUCUGUUUGCAAUCCUUAUCCUGGAUUCUUUAGAUGUGAGCUGCCGCGCUGUGGCGAGCCAGCUGGCAACUCUUCCUGCGCAGGAGCUCACAGCUUCAAAAGUUUUGGUGACCUUGCAAAACGAAUAUGAUUGGAGGAAUGCAGCUGAACCAGCUUGUGUGCUUCAGGGGGAGCAGUGUGGGAGAGCAUUCCAGCCUCCAGGGGGAGCCAAGGCGUUGGCAGCUGUGAAGUGCUGGAACUGUGGAAAUCAGGGUCACUUACAACGUCAUUGCCCAAAGGCUGGAGGGAAACAAAAGAAGAAGCCUGCAGAUGGCCAGAAGCAGGGGGGCAAGAAACCCAAGCUGGUGAAAAACAAGGCUUUGUUUGCUGGAACUGCUUCUCCAAAGGCCAAAGGCAGAUUGGUUGUGGAUUCAGGAGCGUUGACGCACGUAGUGAAGGAUCGGCUUCUGUUUAUUUCCUUCACACCUCAGGAUGGGGAAAUUCAGCAGGCUGAUGGUAAGACUCUGAGAGUUGCAGGAGUCGGGACAGUGAAAUUGGCAAGUCUGCAUACAAUCAUCAGCAAAGUACUUUUUGUUCCAGAUUCUGCAGACAAUUUGCUCAGCAUCCCACAGCUGACUGAGCAAGACUUUGAGAUUUCUUUCAAGAAGGGCAUCUGUGUCAUCAGGAAGGGCAAAGAGGACAUUUUGCUUGCAAAGUUUGUUGAUGGCUUGUUCUUGAUAACUUAUGAUGACAAAGCUGUUGGUGUGUCUAAUGUUGAAUCUUGUUGUGUUGCACAAACUAACAAAGUUCUUCAUGCAGGAUGUAUUCACGAGGCGCACCGAAGAUUUGGUCACAUGUCUUGUCAGGCACUGGCCAAAAUGGCUGGGUUGGUUCAGGGUUUGAACAUCAAGCCCUGUAAGUUUCACAUGAAAUGUGUAUCUUGUGCAGAGAACAAGGUGAUGGUUGCUCCAAAAGGCAAGGUGUCUAGCAGACAGGCUUCCAAACCCUACCAGCUAGUCCACGCAGACCUGGUUGGUCCACUUGCUCCCUCUUUGGGUGGAGCAAGGUACUUCAUGGUUUUAAUUGAUUCUUUUUCUAGGUACAUUCAUGUGUUUAUGCUCCAGCAGAAGUCAGAAGUGUUUCCUAGGUUCAAGGCGUUCUGUGCUUGGUUGGAGAAUGCUCACAGUAAACGCAUUGGCUGUUUGUUUACUGAUUGAGGCGGUGAAUUCACUUCUCAGCAGUUUGAAGCUUUCCUGACUGAGAAGGGACUCCAGCACGACCUCUCAAGUCCCAGAUCUCCAUGGGAGAAUGGACUUUGCGAGUGGGCAAACCAAACUUUGCUGCAAGGCCUAAAAACCUUGUUGCAUGAUGCCAAUCUCCCUGAGAAAUAUUGGGCGGAGUCUUUGAAUACUUUUGUUUAUACGUAUAAUAGGAGACUGUCAUCGCCUAUUGGUUGUGCUCCCUAUGAGAAGAUGUUUGGUAAGAAACCUUACGUCAAGCACAUGAGAAUCUUUGGUUCUGACAUGUGGGUCCGCACCCCACAGAGCAGCAAGCUUGGGAAGCGUGGGACACAUGGUUUGUUCAUGGGGUACGAAAAAGGUGCGUACAGGGUAUUCAUGACUGUCCAUUAGGUUCACAAAGAGUGUUGAGUACAAUCCUAAGUGGGGGGGGGGAUGUGGGAAUUUUCCAGAGUCACUCAGAGGAGGAUGAAGAUGAUGAGGAAGCUGAGGAUGAUGAUCAGAGUUCGGAUUCUAGUUCAGUGGGCGGCGCUGCUGCUGCUGUCAGCGACAGUGAUGACACAGCAGACUACAAGAGCGCAAAGGCCUCAGUCAGACCAUCUGAUGCGUCUGACAUUGAACUGGAAGAACCCCUGUUCACCAUUGGCCACUUUUCUCCUAAGAAGGAGGAGAUGAGUGCAGAAGACUUGCGUCUAGCACGCAGAUCUGAAAGGGCCAAAAAAAGGCAAACCUCCAAAGAGAUUUGCUGAUGAGUUUGCUAAGACAGCAACUGCUGUUCUUGGUAGCUCAGAAAAGGUGUGGGAACCUUCAAGCUUCAAAGAGGUCCAGGAGUUAACCUCGAAGGAUGCUGAACCAUGGCUUAAUGCCAUGAAGGCUGAAGUUGAUUACUUGAAUAGGAACCAAACCUGGGAGCUGGUGCCAACAGUCCCAGGAAUGAGGCUGGUUGGCAGCAAAUGGGUCUUCAAGGCCAAGACAGACCAGAAUGGCAAGGUUGUCAGGCACAAAGCCAGACUGGUCGCCAGAGGUUUUUCACAGAUACCAGGACAGGAAUAGAAGAAGAAGAGGAGUUUGGAUUUGAUAUCCCGCCUUUCACUCCCCUUCAGGAGUCUCAAAGCGGCUAACAAUCUCCUUUCCCUUCCUCCCCCACAACAAACACUCUGUGAGGUGAGUGGGGCUGAGAGACUUCAAAGAAGUGUGACUGGCCCAAGGUCACCCAGCAGCUGCAUGUGGAGGAGCGGAGACGCGAACCCGGUUCCCCAGAUUACGAGACUUAACCACUACACCACACUGGCUCUCCAAUACCACGAGACCUACUAACCCACCGUCAAGUAUGAGAGCAUUAGACUAAUGCUCAAGAUUGUUGCAGAGGAGAAACUGCACGUUUCUCAUCACAAUGUGAACACAGCUUUUUUGUACGGGAUUUUGGGGGAGGAGCUGUAUAUGCUUCUACCUGAUGGAGUGCAGGUACAGAAGGGAAUGGUCUGUAAACUACGGAAGUCCCUAUAUGGCCUCAAGCAGAGUGCCAGGUGUUGUGACACAAAACUCACUGAGACAUUGCUUUCUCUAGGUUUUCACCAAGGCAUGUGUGUUUGUCAAAGAGGAGGGGCAAAACAAACGGUAUUGUUUAUGUUUUUUUGAUGAUCUUCUUUUGUUUUGGAAGAAUCAGGCUUUGUACCAAAGCACCCUAGCUCAGCUGAAGGAGCACUUUGACAUGAAGGAUCUUGGUGAGGUAUCCAACUAUCUUUCUCUGCAGGUGGAGAAGGACCAAGCAGGUAAUUUUCUGGUACACCAAACACAGAAAAUUGCUGGUGUAUUAACCAGGCUGAAUUUGGUUGAUGCAAACCCAGCAGAAACACUGAUGGUGACAGUCCCCCACCCACCCCCUGCCCCCCUGAAACAGUACUUCUGUCUUGUCAGGAUUCAAUCUCAAUCUGUUAGCCGCCAUCCAUCCUCCAACCACCUCCAGACACUCACGCAAGACAUUCUUUUUUUUAAAAAAAUAAUAUUUAUUAAUAGUUUCAGAAUUACAAAAAAAGAAAAAAUAAGAAACAACACUACAAUACAUAAAAAAGGAGAAAAAAAGCAAAACAUAAAAGCCAAUACAACAAUACAGCAAAAAUAUAAAAAAAGAAGAAAAAAAAGACACAAAUCCCAUAUUACAUAUCUUUAACUUCCAUUUGCUUGUUUCAUUGACCUCCUCACACCUCCCUUUUUGUAUUCUAGUUUAAUUAGUUAUUUCAGCAAGUUCUUUCCAUCUUUCUCAAUUUUUAUUAGAUAAUUUAUCUUAAUUUAUCUUAACAAUUUAACCUAUUAAUUAACUCAACAAAUCCUUUCCAUCUUUUCCCCAUAUUCUGUUAUUCAAAUUACCAUAAUUUAUUUAACCUUAUCUUACCGUAAAAUACCUUAGAGCUUGAUACUUAAUACUCAGUUAUACAUAACUCCUGAUAUCAUUUCUACUAGAGCCAUAUAGUUUCAUUCCAACAUUUUCCCUAAUAUUCAUUAAUUUUAGAUUAAUUCCUAAAUAAAAAUUUUUCUUUAUAAAUUUUCUUCCAGUCUUCAUCCAACGUCUCUUCUUCCUGGUCUCGGGUCAUGUCAGUCCUUACUGGUCCCACGAUCUUAAUCUCACAACUGUAGAGUCCUCAAGUAGACUGCAGCAACAAUUUAACAAGCUCCCUCUAGAGGAGACAAUUUCUAUUUGUAUCCAUCUUUUUAAGGCAAGUCCAACAAAGGAAAAUUACUUUCAUUUUUCAGAUAUUUUGUUUCUUUGGAAUGCAAAAGGCAACAUUGGAAUCAGUUUAUUUCUCUUCUUUAGCUAUCUGUCAAAGUAUUCCAUUCACAGUCAAUGAACCUCUCCAGCAAUUUCUGUCUCUGACACCCCGUUCCCAGGUUAGAGACGGUGGAAACAUAUCUUUCUUCACUCCCUCUCCUGCAGGCAUUAAACAAAGUCCCCCCCCUUUUCUCCUGAUUCCAAGGGGGUUUCAGUAGUUAUAAAUGAAGGAAAUUUAGACUUUUUUAACGACUUUCCAGGCUUUAGCUUGCAAGGUUUUUGCUUCAGUCUAUAUACAAAAAGCAGAAGGCGGACUUCCUGUUUUGAACCUUCCCACUUCGGUGCCAAAUUAAGAUAUUUCUUGAUCCAAUUUUCCGUUUCUACUCACGGGUACUGGUUUUAAAUCCAAUUGUCCACAGGAAAAAGUCAGCGCUCUCCGGCAAUGGCUGUGCGGCUUCACUCCGUGAAAGUAGCAAUCAGUUCGCAGCACCGCGCCGCUCACCCCACUUCACUCCGGAACCCCAAAAUGGGAUUCCCCGUGAGUAGGGGAGGCGCUCCUGGUGCCCUGCCGAACCCCACGUUCCCAGGCUUCCUCCGCCUGGGAUUUCUAGCGGGUCCCCACCUUCGCCGCGGCGGGAAGACCCAGUUUCCACGGAGCCAGUUCCUCCGGUUGGAGGAACUCCGCCAUUCGCCGAUGGCGCUAACCCGGAAGUCCACUCACGCAAGACAUUCACCCCCUUCACUGGUUCUGGUUCCUUAGCUGUCUCAGUGAUUGUUUCAUCGCCCUCAGCUCUGGAGAACAUCACGGGGCUGUCCGGGCUCCAUUCAGUUGGAGCGCUUUGGAGCCAGACAGUCGAUAGCCCUGGUUAACUCCGCAUUCCAGCAGUCCACCAGGGAAUCCGCUGAAAGGCCAUCAACAUGGGAUAAAACAUUCCCUACCACUCUCUGGAAACCAUUUUGUGAGGAGUGUGUGUGGUUGCUCACGAAGAUAACAGCCAGGACUCCCACCUGUCUUUUACAGGUUUUAUUGAGUGCAAAACUAUGUACAGUCCAGAGGUCCAAAAUCAAUGUCUGCCUCAAUCACUAGCAGAUUCCGGAAGUGCCUUUUUCCUGUUUGCCCUCCAGCAUAAAAGCCCGGGAAAACCACUCUCCCCCUCUUUUCCUUACGUGUAAUUCCCUGGCAAAAAAAAAGAGGCACUUCCAACUCCCUGGGAGCGGUGUCGUGGCUCAUCUCAGCCUGACUGAGCCUUUGCAUCCUCCCCCCCUUUCUCUCGUCAUCCGUUUCUCCUAAAGGCUCGCUUUCACCAGACUCUGACAAGGUGCAGCUGCUCAACAAAGGAGGAGGCUGUCUGUACGUUCCUGUCCUCCCUCCCUUGAAGGCAGACCCCUGACACAUUUGGAUCCAUUAAGUGGUGGGGGCGGACCAUCCGAAUCGGUCCCACCUCCCUGCAGAGGGGAAGGGUCGCAGAAAAGUGAAGGAUCGCAGGAAGUGAUCCGACCAUGGCACUUCUUUUGUUUUUGCUUUUACUUAGUGUUGGGAUUCAACUGCUGGAAUUUGCCCUGGGGCCGCCUGCAAGCCCCUGAAACUCCGAGCGUCCUCCGAUGUGUGCAGCACUGAAAAAGGCAUCUCCCUUCUUCUCCAGGGUGCUCCAGCAACAUAAAUCAGCUUGAUUUAUGCACACUAUACUUCUAGCGUUACGCAGCAACAAGCGUGGGACUUUGUAGAUCUAAGCUACUAUUUAUUUACACUCUAUAUACAGACUGUUAGGAUCGUCCUACUCACGUGUAGGACACUGGCAGAGACACAUGCCUGACUGGCAUGUUCUCUCCCUCCUGGUCAGUCGUUCGGGAGCUUCAAAAGCUUUCUUCAGCCCAAACAUCACAGUGGCUGAUACCAAGAAGCAUCAACACACUUAGGGAUCCUACAGAGUAUUUGCAGUUUGCGUAACAGAACUCAGUAGCACAGCAUUUUGGCUAAUCUACUUUUAUUUACAUAUAAUACUUCCUCUUCUCAUCAGACAGCAAAAAGAAAAAGAACAAAAAACAAUAGUCCCACUUCACGGAACACAGUAACAUAAACAUCCUGUCUCCGUCGCUUCCCAUACUGUGGAAUGAAAACAUACACCAUCAUGUGAUAGACAACAAUCCCAUGACUGCAGACACGGAGCAAGAAUCCUAACAUCCUCCCCCGAUGCAUGAGCAGUGUUGUAGUCAUCAGUGUAACUGCAACAACCAUACAGAUGUCAUACACACAGUAUACCCCUGUACCAUCCAUUCCACCCUUGGAACUACAUGCAACUGGAUUGGCCUUGGGCCUUACCAUCUUGCACUUCUGACUAGUCUUGGCGUCAUAGUUCUCCUGACUAUCAAGAAGUUUCACACCUGGCUUUGUUGGGACUUGAACCCCAGCCUCGUUCCUCUCCGAGGAAUCGGGGUUGGCACACAUGGCCUUUGGACAUGGUUCAGCUUUCUUCUCCAAGGAAACAGUGUCUACCCUUACAGCCUUUGGGUGUGGUUUCCCGUCCUUUGAGGACAAACCCUGUAUCCCUUUCAAGACUUCGGAUUCCAAGACCUGUGUCGAGCCACUAGCCACAGCUAAAACUGCAAUAGCUGUGUUAGCAAACUCCUGAGCAUACCUGGUGGUAGCUGUCUCAGAUCUGUACACCAGGCGCACGUCUUUCACUGUAUCAGUGGAACUCGCCUCACUUUCAGCAUCAGCAGCAGACUCAAUAUCUGAGUCUGAAGCAAUGGGGUUGCCUUGGAAAACACACACAUUUCCUCCCCAUUUUUCACUGCACUCAACAUCCCUAGUGAGUAAAAUCAUCUUGGCAUGAGGUCUCAGUACUUUGUACAAGCCACCAUACCCGAGGAAGAAUCUAUGCUUCCUGCCUUGUGACGUCUGCACCCACAUGUCAGACCCAUCUGUUGGUCCCUUUGCACAUCUUGGGUUUACCUUGUCGCAGUCCCUAGCAGAACUUUUGUCUGAAUCCAGGGAAAGGCCUUGCAAACUAUGUUUGCUGAGCGUGUCACUCUGUUGCCUCUGAAUCCAUACAUCAGAAUCUCCAUUACCAAUAGGGUGUGAGGAGAACCUGAGCUUAAAGGGUUAAACAGCUCAGAGUGUACGCUCUGCCUACUGGUGGGAGGGGGGAACUUCUACGUCAGUUCCGAGAGACUCAAGUCUUUGUUCUUUCUCUCUACUUUCGCUUUUGAGGAGAGAGGAUGUGUUUUCGCGAUGCUGUUUGCUGUGAUAGAUAAUGGAUAGUCUGCUGUAAAUAAAACUGCUUUUAGCUGCUAAGAUCCUGUGUGGACUUUAUUUAAGCACACUGAAGAAUGCACUGGAGUGUUUUGCAGUCUUCCUCUUGCCGCUGUUGAUCUCUGCUAUGCUCAGAUAUGUCGGACUUUGGAAUGCAGAGGCCUACGCAGGGGAAGUGUGCCGGACCUCACGCUUAUCUGAGCAAUAAAUCAAUAUACUCUGACAGGUUAUGGGCAAUUACUGCAAUUAGAGGAAGCCUGCCUUUGAUGUGCUGUGUGCCUAAAAAGGCUGAGAACCUGAGAAGCUGCUGUUUUGCUGCCGGAAGGCAAAAGUCCUGCUUUGAGGCUUGGCCUGGGAGAAAGCAGGGAAGCUGGCUGCAAUGCUGUGUGCUGCAAAGAGCCACUGGAGGCCUCUCCUUUGAAGCUGGCUGGUACGCGUGAGUACGUCAAAGCCCCAAUGGGAGCACUGGGGGAGGAGAUGGCUGAGCUCCAGGACUUUUAUGAUGUCCCGUUUGUACAGCUCACAACCCAGUCCUGGGAUAUCUGGGUUAGAAGAGUCAGGGGGUGGUUUUUGGCCACAGGGUUCUGGAGUAUAGCCCAGAAGGAGCCGGCCCCACCCAUGCCAGUUGCUGCUGAAGAAGGAGGAGCAGACCGGGAGGCUGCUUUGCUGGAAGAUAGAGAGCAGAGAAUGCAAAGGGAGCUCUGCAUGUUGAGAGCAAGCGUGGACGCUAUGCUGUUGCCCCACCUGGAGGGCGUUGAGUCGGCUCAGGCCGCCUGGCAGGUGCUGAGGAGUCUGUGUGAGAACUCAGCAGGAGCCCAGGGCCGGGAGAAAGCCGAGAGCAGGCAGGAAGCCGAGAGGGGGCUGCUGGCCAUGUUCCUGAAGUUACAGCUGGGAGUAGCUGCUUUGUCUCCGAGGGGCCGUGUGAUGUUGAGGCCUACAACCAGAGUGCUGGGGAGCGUGCAGGCCCAGGCUGUGCACCCAAAGGUGGGGGUGCUGGGAACAAAGGAAUGGCUGAAGAGGGAGCUGUGAGAGCUGUUGCUACGUGUCGCCGCUGUUAUCGCUGUGGCUCCCCCUCCCAUCUGGUGAGAGAAUGUCCAGUGGAGGAACAGCCGAAGGCCGUCUCCCGUAGCAACCAGAUAAAGGGCUCGUCUUCAAAGCGUGGGAAAGGCAAGCCGAAGGCAGCUGGCAGAGACACUGAACGUAAACAUUUGGCUGCCUCUAUGGCUGUAGUCAAGAGUUGUCAACAGGAUGCUGUGCUGGCUUUUGUGAUCGACAGUGGAGCCUCCCAUCACCUAGUGCCAUCUGCAGGAUUCCUGGAGAACUGCACCUCUGUAAAAUCUGGGAAGACUGUCUGUUUAGCAGAUGGGACUCGACACCCACUCACGCAGACUGGCUCACUGUUUUGUUCUUUCUUGCAGGAUUCAAUCCAGGCUUUUGUUGUUCCAGGACUGUCCUGCGCGUUGCUGUCUGUCAGUGCACUUCUUGCUGAGAACUACAGAGUGUGUUUUGAGAACAAUAAGUGUUCUAUUUCCAAGAAUGGACAGCACCUAGUCAGUGUUGAAUGUAAAGACAGGUUGUUUGUGAUAAAUGCUUCUUUUGCAGGUCCAGAUGACACGGAGGAGGCUCAGGCGCAGUGUGCCAAUGUUCCAGUUCAUGAUGCGUGUCCCCACUUAUGGCACCGACGCAUGGCACACGUGUCCUGGGGGUCAGUGAUGAGGAUCCCAGAGUAUACGCAAGGGUGCAAAAUGAAAUCAUGUGCUAAGUUUCUAGAUUGCAGAGCGUGCAAGUCCGCAAAGGUGAAAACGUGCACGUACCCAAGGUCUGAGAGGGUGACCACUAGGGCUUUUCAAUUAAUUCAUGCAGAUUUGUGUGGACCGUUUUCUGUGAGCAGUUUGGGCGGAGCCAAAUUUGCGCUGGUUCUGAUUGAUGACCAUAUGAGGAAUUCUUGGUCCUUCUUGCUUCAACGCAAAGAUGAAGCUGCGCCACUAAUCAAAGACUGGAUUGCGGCUGUGGAACUGCAGUUUUCCACACGGGUGCAAAACUUUCAGAGCGAUCGCGGUGGGGAGUUCACCGGGUCUGCACUGCAAAGUUUCUUCCGCAAAAAGGGGAUUCAACACAGGUUGACUUCUCCACACAGUCCCCAACAGAAUGGGAUCGCGGAACGCAGGAAUAGGACUCUAGGGGAGAUGUCCGCAGCGCUUUUGUUUGAUGCCGGGCUCCCACAGCGCUUUUGGGGGGAGGCUUGGCGAACGGCCAACUUUAUUCUGAACAGGUCGUUCAAUUCAGUGGUAGGUGACACACCGUACUUCUUGCUCCAUGGCAAGAAACCGAAGGUGCACUACUUCCGCGUUUUUGGCUGUGAGGCUUGGGUCCUCAUACCAAAGGCCAAACGCAAGAAAGGUGAACCCAGGUCCCAAAAUAUGAUUUUUUUGUGGGUAUGAGCCAGGGACCAAGGGAUGGAGGUUUGUGUAUCCGUCAGGGAAUCAGUCCAGGAUUCUGCUCAGCAACAGUGCUGAAUUCUGUGAGCAGAGUGGCUGGGCAAGGAUACAUGGGAACCCUGACAUCCUGUCAGAGAGUCUGCUAGACUCUGCUGGUGAAGGAGAGGAAGAGGUUGAACCUGCUACUGAGGCUCAGAGUCCAGGCCCAUUGCAGGCAGAGGGGAGAACUUCUCCCAAGGCUGUGAAGAGUGAGCAACGCAGUGCUCCAUCUUCCCCCACAGGUUCGGCUGAGAAGUCCGGAAGACGCAGUAAGUCAGAGGGGGAGCUCUCUGAUGCCAAGGACGUUCUGGCUGGCCCUAGUGGGUCAGAGGGGGUUCUUGAAGUAGUGCUGCGCCGUUCAACGCGGACGACCAAGGGGAAACCUCCUGAAAGGUUUGCCGUCACUAGCGUGUGGGUCGGAAUGGCACAGUGUGAACCCGAGAGUUUUGAGGAUGUUCAGAAACUGCCUCAGGAAGAAGCCAGGAAAUGGCAUGAGGCGAUGCAGAAGGAGAUGAACUCAAUGGAGUCGCUAGGUGUGUUCUCCCUCACGAAGUUGCCGGUGGGUGAAAAGGCAGUGGGUAGCCGCUGGGUUUACCGUCUUAAGCCCACAGCGACAGGAGAACCGCAGUAUAAGGCCAGACUAGUGGCGAGAGGAUUCACGCAGUGCAGGGGGUUGCAUUAUACGGAAAUUUAUGCGCCCACGUGUAGGUGUGAGUCUCUACGCUUGGUCUUGGCCAUCGCUGCACAAAGAGGUUUGCUGGUGCAUCACUUUGAUGUGGAUGUUGCUUACUUGAACUCAGACCUCCAGGAGGAUCUGUACAUGCUUCCUCCUCCAGGGUUUGAGGGCAAUGAGCAAGGUACUGUGUGGAAACUUCACAGGUCAAUUUACGGCCUGAAGCAGUCGGCCAGGAAUUGGAACUUGUGCCUGAAUGAAGCUUUGGAGAAGCUAGGUUUCAGGAAGAGUCUUGCUGACAGUUGCCUGUUCCUUAGAGGAUCAGGAGACUCACAGGAACUGGUGUUGUUUUACGUUGAUGACAUCAUCCAUGUUGGAAAGGCAGACAAACAGGUGCAGAAGUUUGCCAAAGAGCUUGGGAAACGGUUUCAGCUCAAGAACCUGGGUGCAAUAAAGAUCUACCUAGGUGUCCAGAUAGCGAGAACUGAGGAUGGUAGCUUCUUGCUCAGUCAGAAAGGCAAGAUUGAGCAGUUGCUUGAGAAGUUCAGAAUGUCCGAUUGUGCAGGAGUUCGGACACCCAUUUAGACGAACUUCGUGAAAGAUAGCCAGCAAGCAGAAAGUGCUGAGUUUGAGAAUGCUGAGCUCUUUCAGUCAGCUCUAGGUAGUCUGUUGUAUCUGUCCCAAUGGAGCAGACCAGACAUUGCCUUUGCUACCAACCUGCUAAGUAGGGAAGCGUCAAAGCCCAGUGUGAGUGCUUGGCACGGUAUCAAGCGGGUACUGCGCUACCUGCAGCAUACCAAAGACUUCUGUCUUAAGCUGCCAGCUGAAGGUGAGGCGAAGUUCACAUGCUAUGCGGACAGUGACUGGGCGAAUUCGCAGGACCGCAAGUCUGUGUCUGGGUUGGUGAUAAAGUUUGGGAAGUCACUGGUUGGGUGGAAGUCCCGGAAGCAAAGUCUCAUUGCGCUGUCUUCCACUGAGGCUGAAUUCAGUGCACUGUCAGAUUUGUGCCGGGAACUAGAGUUCUAUAGAUGCUUGGUGCAAGAGAUCUAUGGGGAUUGUAGCUUGCCCAUCACGGUUUGGGAAGACAAUCAACCCUGUUUGAAAUUGGCUGAAUCUGCGCAAUUUAAGGCCAGAACCAAGCAUCUGAACAUACGUUUCCAAAAUGUGUGUCAGAGUGUUCAGUCAGGUUUGAUACGACUGAAGUACUGUGCCAGUCACAGUAACCUGGCCGAUGGAUUUACCAAACCUUUAAGCUUCCAGCGUCAUGGGGAGUUUUGUGGUGGUUUGGAGUUGGGGGUAAGUUCUGUACUUACUUUCCCCACCGCAGCGCAGAGCGACAGGGGGUGUGAGGAGAACCUGAGCUUACAGGGUUAAACAGCUCAGAGUGUACGCUCUGCCUACUGGUGGGAGGGGGGAACUUCUACGUCAGUUCCGAGAGACUCAAGUCUUUGUUCUUUCUCUCUACUUUCGCUUUUGAGGAGAGAGGACGUGUUUUCGUGAUGCUGUUCGCUGUGAUAGAUAAUGGAUAGUCUGCUGUAAAUAAAACUGCUUUUAGCUGCUAAGAUCCUGUGUGGACUUUAUUUAAGCACACUGAAGAAUGCACUGGAGUGUUUUGCAGUCUUCCUCUUGCCGCUGUUGAUCUCUGCUAUGCUCAGAUAUGUCGGACUUUGGAAUGCAGAGGCCUACGCAGGGGAAGUGUGCCGGACCUCACGCUUAUCUGAGCAAUAAAUCAAUAUACUCUGACAUAGGGUGCCUUUGUAAGUUACCCAUAUCGCCUCCUUCCUUUGCUUUCUCCUGAGCACAUUUGGUACACCUGACCAUCUUCGUGUCAGACACCAGCAAUCUGGAAGACCCAUGCACACAUCCUGCAUGAAAAAGAUGGUUAUCAGGCAUAGCAUCACUUGUCUCUCCAACUUUCCCACCAUCCCCCAUGUUAACAUCACAACAUACUGUAGUAAGAACAAGCCAUUUAUAAUGUCGCUUUCGUUCUUCUGGAUGGUUGCACGCUGUUUGUUGACAUAAACAGAACAUCCAGGCUGCAUCAGCUGGGCUUCUCAACCUGGAAUGAAAAACACAUUAGACAUCACAACUUUACAGCUUUUCGGUUCCACGAUCCCGGUGCUAUGUACCUCCAAGAAGUCUCCACCCGAUUGGUGGAUCAGACCUGUAAUGGAUUUAGGGGUUGCUCGUGCGUAAGUUGCCGCCACUCCUGGCUAGGUUACCUGGUUAAACCCUUUCUGACUGAACAGCCUCUAGCAUCGUGACUGUCUCAGUCGCUGGCAGAAUCCGUCAGUGGGCGUUUCUUAAACUUCUUCCAGCACAAAAGUUCUUUGACGCCUAGUCUCCGCCUAGACUCCCUGCGCGGAAGCCUUCUGCGCAGGGAGGGUGUGGGCAGCGGAGGACCCGUACUCUCUCCGCUGGUCUCUGGCGAGGAGUCUUGGAGCCUCCUCUCCGAUUCCCCCAUCUGCCCCCCUUCUCUACUGGUGUUACGCUGAUUUCCUUCCCCAGCGGACGGGCUGCCUCUCUCCCUACUGGGACCCUCUCCGCCAUCCCUCUGGAGCCUUCCCUCCGCCUCUAGCUCCGAUGGCAGUUCCCUGACAUCCAUCCCCCCCCCGGACCCCCUCCACCCUCGGCCCGACCUGCUGAUCCAACCUCGUCCCUUUCCUCGGCCGAUGAUGCGGGGAAUCCCCUGAAGGAGCUGUCGCCAUCCUCUGAGGAUUCAAAACCCGCUUCCCACCCGCUCCGAACUCUUGCCGUGGGGUGGGCCUCCCAGUCUGAUUCUUCUCCCUCUGACACCUCCCCUCCCUCCUCUUCGGAGGCAGGAAAACCCACAAAUUCCUCUUCGUCGUCUGUGGUUCCAAAUUCUUCCUCCCAGAAUCUCGCUAGUGGUUUUGGUUUGUCUGAGAACAGGCUGUGGAAUUCUUCCACUAGAUACCCAUCAUUGACCGCCUCAGCGGGGACCCACGUGUUUUCUGACCCGGGUUCUCCUUCCCACACCACUAAGUACUCCACCUGGCGCCCUCGCCACCUUGAAUCGAGUAUUUCCGUGGCUUGGUUGUGGAGUUCCCUCUCCUCUACCCACGGGUGAGUGGUGACUCCUCCCUCCCGCCCCGGGAAUUCCCGCCCCUCCCUGUACGGUGAGAGUAGGGACCUAUGGAACACCGGAUGUAUCUUCAUGCUGUCAGGCAACUUGAGCUUGAAUGCCACAGGGUUCACCUGCUGUGUUACCUCAAAGGGUCCCAGCCGCCUUGGCUGCAACUUCUUGCACCCUCUCUUUAGGGGUAACCCUUGGGUUGACAACCACACUCGGUCUCCCACCCGUAUGGCCUCCCCCUCCCGACGGCGCUUGUCUGUCUGCCUCUUGUAAACUUCCUUGGCCCGCUCCAAGUUCAUCUUGAGUUGCUGGCGCAAGGCCUCCCAUUCCUCCACCAACGGCACUGCCGCAGGUACACUCCACCCGUCCUCCCCGUCCCCGGGAAGGCCCUGGGGUGACACCCAUAAUUGGCCAUGAACGGGCUCAUCCCCACGGGCACAUGUUCAGCGUUAUUGUACGCAAAUUCAGCCAGUGCUAGUUGCUCUACCCACUCGUUCUGUCUCUCGCUGACGUAGCAGCGUAGGUAUUGCUGGAGUAUACUGUUGGCUCUUUCUGCUUGCCCGUUGGUUUCCGGGUGUCGCGCCGUCGAGAAGCCCACCUCUACCUGCAGCAAGCUCAUGAGCUUCCUCCAGAACCGGGAAGUAAAUUGUUUUCCGCGAUCUGAGAUGACCCUCGAGGGAGCCCCAUGCAACCUGAAGAUGUGAUCCACAAACAACUUGGCUGUCUCCUCUGCCAUCACCGCAUGUGAGCAAGCUAUGAAAUGGCACAUCUUCGUCAGUAGAUCGACUACUACCAUGACUGCUGUCUUCCUCCUUGACUUGGGCAAAUCUGUCAUAAAAUCAAUGGACACCACCUCCCAGGGUCUUCCCGGCGUGGGUAAGGGUUCCAGUAACCCUGCGGGGGCAGCCCUCUCCCCUUUGCCCUUUGGCAGCGGUCGCACCCCGUACAUAUUCCCGUACAUCUUCCUCACCCUUGGCCACCAGUACUGCCUGGUGACGAGCAGCAUGGUUUUGUGCUGUCCAAAGUGCCCAGCUGUAGGGUUGUCGUGGAGUUGUUUGAGUACCUUCCUCUCAAGGUCUCCCGGUACAUACAGCGCCCCCUUAUAGUACAGCACCCCUUCCUUUUCCUCAAACCCUCCAUGGUUUUCCCUUCCGUCUCGGAGUUCCCGGAUUUUAGUUUGAGCGAACACGUCGUUUCUAGUAAGCCCGGCCAGUUCUCGUUUCCCAACCAAGGCUCCCCCACACACCCAUCGGUCCUCGGGGAUCACGUGUCGUAUCUCCGGCGGUCCCUCUCCUUCCAUGUACUCCGGUUUCCGGGAGAGAGCGUCUGCUCUUACGUUUUCCUCUCCCGGCACGUAUCGGAUCUCGAAGGAAAACUUGGAGAACUCCUGUGCCCAUCGAAUCUGUCUCUGGUUGAGUACUCGCGCGGUCCUCCAGUAUUCCAAGUUCUUGUGAUCAGUACAAACCUGGAUCUUGUGCUGCGCCUCUAUUAACAGAUGUCUCCAUCGGCGAAACGCCGCAUAGAUCGCCAGCAGGUCGCGGUCAUACACCGUAUAGUUUUGCUCCGACUUGCUCAGCUUCCUCAAGAAAAAGGCACACGGCUUCCAGUCCUGCUUGCCCCCCCCCCGGCUGCAAAAGUACCGCCCCAAUGGCUCGGUCGGACGCGUCGGUCUCUAGCCUCAUGGGCUUCUCCAGAUCAACGUGCAGGAGCUGCUCUUCCGAAGUGAAUGCCUUCUUCAGUCUUUCAAAGGAUUGCUGGGCACUUUCUGUCCAGGCGAACUUCCUUUUGCUACUGAGACAAUCUGUGAUGGGCGCUGUCAAGUGGGCGAAGUUCUUGAUGAACUUCCUGUAGAAGUUGCUGAACCCUAGGAACCUCUGCACGUCCUUCCGGGUUUUGGGGGCUUUCCAUUCCAGCACUGCCUGUACCUUGCUUGGGUCCAUAGCUAGUCCCUUGUCUGACAACUUGUACCCCAGAAGCUCGACCUCUCUGGUGUGAAAUUGGCAUUUUUCCAGCUUGACCCACAACUGGUGCUUCUGCAGCCUCUUUAGCACUUCCCUGACGUCUCUGACAUGUUGCUUCUCAUUGUCUGAAUAGAUUAAGACGUCGUCCAAGAAGGCUACGCAGUUCUUGUACAGCAGGGGCCCCAACACGUGGUGCAUGAAUGCUUGAAAGCAGGCGGAGCCCGCUUGUAACCCAAAUGGCAUGACUAAGUACUCAAAAGCCCCCAGGGGGUGAACAUGGUGGUUUUCCAUUUGUCCCCCUCCCUUACCCUGAUCAAAUUGUACGCUCCUCUGAGGUCCAGCUUGGUAAAAAUUUUCCCCUGCCUCACCCGUGUUCCCCUGCCUCACGCCUUGGUCAGCUGAUCCAUCGACUGUGGGCGGGGCGCGCGGGACAGCUCGUCCUUCACCGUUGGGGACAACCCCUCCUCAAACAACAUUUGAAUAGGUUCAGAGUCCAGAUCCCACCCGAGCCGGUGGAUCAACAUUGCAAAGCGCGACCAGUAGUCUCUGACUGACUGGCUCCCCUGCUUGCACCCCAUCAGUUCUCGCCGAGUCACACUUUGCUGGACUUCACUGGAAUACAUCGCAUCCAUUGCCUGAAAGAAUUUCUUAAGGUCCUUCAAGGCAUGAUUUUGCGUCACCAUAAGGGGCCUGAUCCAUUCCCGUGCCCCAUCCUCCAGAUGCCCCACAAUGUAGGCUACCCUUUGCCCAUCGUCAGCAAAGUCAUCAUGCUGCAGUUCCAAAGCGUACUCUAUUUCCGUUCGGAAUGCAUUGUAGUCCUGGGGUUUCCCCCCAAACUUGUGUACCAGCCCCGGUACCUUCCUUGCGAUGGGGGUGGGUCUGACCUGAACAUCCUGAGUUCAUCUUUCGUCCAGCUGCGCCGUCAGGAGAGCUACAUGCUGUUCCAAGUCUCGAUUUCUCUCUACCAGACCUUGCACUCCAGCUGCUUGCUCCGUCUCUCUGGCUCGGCUCAUCGUGCUGCCUCUCUGGAGCUGCGCACAAGCAACGUCGGGGACUGACGGAUUGCUGUAAUGGAUUUAGGGGUUGCUCGUGCGUAAGUUGCCGCCACUCCUGGCUAGGUUACCUGGUUAAACCCUUUCUGACUGAACAGCCUCUAGCAUCGUGACUGUCUCAGUCGCUGGCAGAAUCCGUCAGUGGGCGUUUCUUAAACUUCUUCCAGUACAAAAGUUCAUUGAUGCCUAGUCUCCACCUAGACUCCCUGCGCGGAAGCCUUCUGCGCAGGGAGGGUGUGGGCAGCGGAGGACCCGUACUCUCUCAGCUGGUCUCCGGCGAGGAGUCUUGGAGCCUCCUCUCCGAUUCCCCCAUCUGCACCCCUACACUACUGGUGUUAAGCUGAUUCCUUCCCCAGCGGACGGGCUGCCUCUCUCCCUACUGGGACCCUCUCCGGCAUCCCUCUGGAGCCUUCCCUCCGCCUUUAGCUCCGAUGGCAGUUCCCUGACAAGACCCUUCUGUGGUGUACACGCGGUGAACCAGUUCCAUCUUCCACAAAGGUGUUACUUCGCCUCAGAAUCUAGCACAAAAGAUUCUUGCAUCUCUGUACUGGAACAGCUAGUCACCAUAUCUUUGCUGCAUCUUUGCAUCUCUGGCCUUGCUUCAUGUCGCCCGUCGGAAACGCUGCAAAUGUUCCUGACUUUUGAACUCUGUCCAAACUUCUCACAGGAAAAACUUUCCAAUGCUUCAAACACAGCAGUGCCACCUGCUGGUUGCAGUGAAGAUUGGGAUGACAUGGCAGUCAACUCCCCUUGCUGCUCCUGCUUUGGAGAUUUCUGGCCCUUAACAGGAACAGGAAACAACCCCCUUGUGCAUUCUUCCUUCAAAAGCCUUUCUUCUGUGAAGCUUUCAGUGUCAGGAACACAACCCUCUCUGGGAUCCUGUAUCAGCUUUCCCUGGGGUAUUACUUCUGGCAGUCCGCUCAGCAAUUGCCUCCCACUGCGUGUGGGCGUCGGAGACAGCAAAUCUAGCCCUCCGAACCUCUCUGGCAUCCCGUUUAGCAGCCCCCGCCAUCUUGAAGUGUCCAUCGUGUGACGCAGCUUCAAUUCCUGCUGAACAUACACACUGUCUGGCAUAAGACACAGCCUUUGUCUCAAACUGCCUUUUCAGUUCCAGGAACAAAACAACCCGCCCCCCCCCAUUCUUCCCAGGCUUUUUGCCUUGUCUGCUAUUAUGCAGCUUCAUCGGGGGACUUACUCCCCCAUAGCUUCACAAGUCUUGCCGCAGCACUCCUCCAGCUUUCACUUUCUGCCGCUACCCAUUCUCUGCUCAGGGAAUGAUUCAGAAGCAUCGGGAAAUGUCCUCCCUUUGUAGCACAUAAAUCAGGGCUACAUUCUUGGCAAAGGCUUGCAGCACCAAGCAGCUUUUCUCUCUCUGUCAAAAAGCAGCUUUUCCCAUUUUCUCUACGUAACUUAGGGAGUGGGAUUUUUGCCCCUUCUAGAAAGGUCUAUUCCACAGCUUAGUUCAAGCUGAAACUACCUUUUUACAGUCCUUAUCAGACGGCCACUAUAAAUCAAGCCUGCUUCUGCCAGCUGUAAUUAGUGCCUGGCAAGAACUUCAAAGGCCUCUCGCCUUCUUCUGUGCACGGGCACAAAAACAGUCCAGCCUGUCUUUGCUUUCACUUUUAGGCAUUUGCUAUACUCACAGACUGUCUCCUUCUGCCUUCACUCUGCCAGUUCCAGGAGACUCCAACUGGGACAAAAACAGCCCCCGGUCCUUCCUCUGCUGGCACUGGGUCACCUGGCAGAGACACAUGCCCGACUGGCAUUUUCUCUCCCUCCUGGUCGGUCGUUCGGGAGCUUCAAAAACUUUCUUCAGACGGAACAUCACAGCGACUGAUACCAAGAAGCAUCAGCACACUUAGGGAUCCUGCAGAGUAUUUGCAGUUUGCGUAACAGAACUCAGCAGCACAGCAUUUUGGCUAAUCUACUUUUCUUUACAUAUAAUACACUUGGAGCAUUCUGACUUAGCUGCUUCCUCUUUCUCAUCAGACGGCAAAGAAAAAAAAGAACAAAAGACAAUAGCCCCACUUCACGGAACACAGUAACAUAAACAUCCUGUCUCCGUCACUUCCCACACUGUGGGAUGAAAACACACCGUCAUGUGAUAGACAACAAUCCCAAGACUUCAAACAUGGAGUAAGAAUCCUAACACAGACUACAGCAUAAUGGCGUCCGUUCUCUCCAGCGCCGAGAGAACAGAAGAAGUGAAAGUACAGUCCAAAGUACAUACAAUGAAAGAGAGAUAAGGCUGUCUUCCGUUCCCACAGUCUUCUCAGACAGGCAUGUGAUUUACAACAAACUCAAAUGCAGCGUCGGUGGAGUGAAAUGUUAACACUCUCCCCCAUUUCAGGUAACCAAUGCUGCAUAGGCUAACACAGCAGUAAGUGAAGUGAACAUACUGUUGUCAUACACAUAAUAUACCCCUGUAGUACCCAUUCCACGUUUGGAACUCCCUGCAGCUGGACUGGCCUUGUGCCUGACCAUUUUGCACUUCUGGUUACCUUCCUUCCAUGGGACUAGAGCCUUAGCUCUGUUCCUGUCUGAAGAAACAGUGUUGACCCUUGCAGCCUUUGAGUGUGGUUUCGCAUCCUUUGAGGACAAACCCUGUACCCCUUGCAAGACCUCAGGCUCUGAAACCUGUCCUGAGCUACUAGCCACAGCUAUAUUUGCAACAGCUGUGUUAGCAAACUCACGAGCAUACCUAGUGGGCUUUCCCCCCAUAGCUCUUCCAGAUCUGCGCAUCAGGCACAGGUCUUCUUUAUAGGGCUUCUCUUCUUUGAGAGAAUAGUGACUCAUAGUGAACAGUGGUUCCUUCAAUUCUCGAUCAGACUGUUCUGAUGGUCUGAGCGAUGUAAUUGCACUCUGGUAAUCUGCUGCAUCAGUGGAACUUCUACCUGUGCUCCCACUGUCACUGUCAUUAUCAGAUUCCCCAUCUGAGCCAUCAUCAAUGGGAUAAGUUUGGAAAAUAGUUACAUUUGUUGGGAGAUAACGCCAAGGCCUUGUGCCUUCCCCCAAUGCAGCGUCGCCCAGGAUUUAUCACUCCAGUCUCCCGUCACGCUGAUGCGACCCAUACCCUCCUGGGACAUGAGCACAUGACCAGCAGAGUCCAAAAUAGACACGUUAGCCUUGAGGUGUAACAUCUAAUCCUUAUUUAUUGUAACGAAAUCAAACAUAAGAGUACAAACACUACAAAAUAAACAUGGUUCCUCUUUCUCUUCCUCGGAGAGAAUGCUGAAACAAAACAUCACUGUGAGAGAACAGUGGGAGGAAGGGAGCAAACAGUGUAUCUCCCUUUCUGCUUAUAUAGCUGUAACAAUCAGCAGCUGAAAUGCAUUACAUACAGACACGUGAUACAACAAUCCUAUAACUGCAGCAUAGGGAGGGGUGAAAUCCUAACAUCCUCCCCCAUUUCAAGUAACCCGUAGCUGCAGUGUUUCAGCCUAACUGCAACCACUGUAUACAAAUCUGAAGUUGUUCCCUGUUAACAACUUUUGAUAACAGAUUGGCUGGAAUUUCAUUUCCCAGCAUGUAGGACACUUGAAUAAGUCCUUUCUGAAUACACUCCCUUGCACGUUGUAAUCUUAAUUGUAAGUGUUCUUUGCUUACAUCCCUCUGUAGCGAGUAAAGACAAACAUGCUCUAUUGUCCUGAUACAUUUAAAUAGGACAUUUCACAUUCACUCUUAGGUCUUUAAACAGCUGUAAUAACCAUUCACAAUCUAGAAGUGCAUAUGACAGUGCAUUCAAUUCAACCUUGUAAGAAUUUAGGCUUACUGUUGUCUGCUUUUUACAUGACCAUUCGAAAAUACAUUGGUUAUACAUGUAGCACACUCCAGAAGUGCUCUUGCUGUCUGUGAUGUCACCUCUGAAACUUGCAUCUGCAAAAAUCUCAAGACCUCCAGAUUUUUGGUUGGUAAAUUUUAGUCUGUAGUGCAUAGACCUCUUUAGAUAGCGUGCUAUGCGUUUCAGUGCCUUCCAGUCUUUAAUCGUAGGAUUGUUAGUGUGUCUGCUCAGCAAAUUAGUGCUGACAGCUAUAUCAGGCCUCGAACACCGGGCAAUAAAAUUUAGCUUGCCUAGAAUACAUCUGUACAGAGCAACAUCAGAAAAUGCUUUGUCAGUGUCAUCUAACAGCCUGUCACCAUUGGUGUAUCUACAGGGUUUGCGUCAACCAAAUUCAGUUUGGUCAAUACAUUAGCAAUUUUCUGUGAUUAGUGUACCAAGAUAUCACCUCCCUGGUUUCUUUCUACCUCCAGAGAAAGAUAGUUUGUUACAUUGCCAAGAUCUUUCAUAUCAAAAUGCUCCUUCAGUUGAGCUAGGGUUAUUUUGUACAAAGCCUUGAUCUUUCCAAAAGAAAAGAUCAUCAACAAAGCAUACACAAUACAGUUUGUUUUGAUAAACAAACAUGGAUCUGCUUUGCCUUGAUGAAAGUCUAGAGAAAACAACGUCUCUGUUAAUUAAGUAUUCCAACAUCGGGCACUUUGUUUGAGACCAUACAAGGAUUUUUUUGAACACAAAUCAAUCCUUUCUUUACCUAUAUUCCGUCAGGUGAAUGUAUAUAAAUCUGUUCACCCAGGUCCCCGUACAGAAAUGCAGUGUUGACAUCAUGAUGAGAAACGUUUAGUUUCUCCUUUGCAGCAAUUUUGAGCAUAAGCCUAAUGCUCUCAUACUUCAUGGUGGGAGAGUAGGUCUCGUGAUAAUCUUGACCUAGUACCUGCGAAAAUCCUCUUGCGACCAACCUGGCCUUAUGUCUCACUACCUUGCCACUCUGGUCUGUCUUGGCCUUAAAGACCCAUUUGCUAUCAAUUAGCUUCAUUCCUGGUACCAUUGGAACUAGUUCCCAUGUUUUGUUUCUCUCUAAGGAAUUUAGCUCAGCCUGCAUGGCAUUUAACCAUGGUUCAGCAGCCUUCGGGUUAACUCUUUGACCUCUUGGAAGCUUGAAGGCUCUUGAAUCUUCCCUGAGUUAUUUAUAACAGUUGUAGCUGUCUUUUCAAACUCAUCAACAAAUCUUUUAGGUGGUCUGCCCUUUGUGGCUCUUUCAGAUCUGCGAAUUAUGCACAAGUCUUCAGGACUAAUCUCCUCUUUCUUAGGAGAAUCGCGCCAAUAGUAAACUGUGGCUCCAGACCCCAAUCAGUGAGUGAGGCCUUUGCACUCUUGUAGUCUGCCGUGUCAUCACUGUCAUCAGCAGCACUACCACCUCUCACUGAACUGGUGUCUGAACCGGUGUCAUCAUCAGAUUUCUCAUCAUUAUUAGUAUCAGGAUAACAUUGGAAAAUUCCUACAUUUUCUCCCCACUUUGCAUUAUAUUCAACACUCCUAGUGAAUCUCACUGUCUUCGUGUCAGACAUUAAUACUCUGUAAGCACCUUUUUCGUAUCCCACGAAUAUUCCAUGCAUACCACGUUUGCUCAGCUUGGUGCUCUGAGGUGUGUGAACCCACAUGUCAGAACCAAAAAUUCUCAACUGUUUAACAAAUGGUUUCCUGCCAAACAACUUUUCAUAAGGUAUGCAACCUAUUGGUGAAGAAAUUUUUCUGUUAUGGACAUAAGUAAAACAAUUGAAAACUUCGGCCCAAUAUGAAUCAGGCAAAUUAGCAUCACUCGAGAGAUUUCAUGCCCUGCUGGAGCGUUUGAUUUGCCCUUUCACAGAGACCAUUUUGCCAUGGAGCUCUGUUGGAUUCCUUUCUCAGCUAGAAAAGCUUCAAACUGCUGAGAAGAGAAUUCUGCCGUCAGUGAAAAGACAACCCACUUGUCUCUUGUGGGCAUUCUGCAGCCAAGCGCAGAAUUCCUUGAACUUAGGAAACGCUUCUGACUUCUACUUGAGAAAGAAAACAUAAAUAUAUCUUGAAAACUGAUCUAUCCAUACCAUGAAAUAUUGUGCUUUACCUAAAGAUGGCUUGAAUGGACCAACAAGGUCUGCGUGCACAAUUUGGUAGGGCUCUUUGGCUUCCCUGCCAGAUAUUUUACCCUUUGGAGCAACCUAGACCUUGUGUUCUGCACAUGAUUUACCGUAUUUUUCGCACCAUAGGACGCACCGGACAAUAGGACACACCUUGUUUUAGAGGGGGGAGAACAAGAAAAAAAAAUUCUCCCCCUCUCUGCCCAGCACCCCUUCAGCGAAGCGGCAGGAGGCGCUGCGCAGAGAGGGGGAGAAUUUUCCCCCUCUUGUUUUCCUACUCUAAAACAAGGUGCCUUUUAAGGUGCAUUCAGGCAGCUACCUUGGAAGCCUGGAGAGCGAGAGGGGUCGGUGUGCACCGACCCCUCUCACUCUCCAGGCUUCAGGUUCCUUUCGACCUGCUCUUUGGGGCUGGCGGGGGAAGCCCACCACCAGCCCCAAAGAGCAGGUCAGGGAGCAGCGGAAAGGCGCAGCGGAGAGGCUGCUGCCAUAGUCGCGCAUCACCUCUCCAGCUGGGAGAGGGUCGCGGGGCUAUGGCUUCUUUAGCCCCGCACGCGCUCUCCCAGCUGGAGAGGUGACGCGCGGCUAUAGAGGCUCCUGCCAUAGCCACAUGUCACCUCUCCAGCUGGGAGAGGGUCGCGGGGCUAUGGUGUCUUCGCUCCAUAGGACGCACACACAUUUUCCCUUCAUUUUUGAAGGGGGAAAAGUGUGUCCUAUAGAGCGAAAAAUACGGUACAUUUCAUGUGAAAUAUGCAGAGUUUAAUGGUCAUCCCCUUUACCAGAUCAGGCAUCUUGGCAAUGGCCUGAAAAUUUAGAUGACCGAGCCUCCUGUGAUGGUCAUGGAAACAAUUUGCAUGCGAAAUUUUGUUAGUAGACAUUGCACAACACAUCUCAUUACUUUGCAUAUCAACAUCAGUAUCAACAUCAUCAUUGGAUAAUAAGAAUCAGCCAUUCACACAGUCAGCAUAUAGAAGAUCUCUUCUGUUCUUCCUGAUGAUACAUUUCUUCCUGCUGAAGGAAAUGUUCAACUCUUGCACUGUGAGCUGAGAAAUGCUCAGCAAGUUGUCCACCAAACCUGGAACAAAAAGAACAUUACAAAUCGUGGUCUGCCGAUUCCUUCCAUUUUUCAGUGUACUCAACAUCCCUAGUGAGAAGAACUAUGUUGGUGUCAGACAUCAAUACUCUGUACUGGCCUUUUUUGUAACCCAGAAAUAUACCGUGUGCACCACAUUUGCCGAGCUUCUUGCUCUGUGGUGUCUCCACCCACACGUGAGACCCGAAAAUCCAAAGGUGUUUGACAUAAGGUACCUUCUGGAACAGUUUCUCAUAGGGUGUGCAUUUCAUAACUUUGGAGUAUCUCCUGUUAUGAAUUUAAAUAUAACAAUUCAGCAAUUCAGUCCAAAACUCAUUUGGCAAGCCUGCACUAAGCAGUAACGCUUUCAUGUCCUGUUGCAACACCUGGUUUAUCCUUACACACAAACCGUCGUUCCAUGAAGACUUCUGGGUAGCAACUUUGUGCUUCACCCCUUGUUCAGUCAGGAAACUCCCAAAUUCCUGUGAAACAAAAUCCUGUCUCUGAUCUGUGAAAAGACAAUAAAUUUUCACAUCCUGAACAGCUUUUACCCAUGCACAAAAUUCUUUGAACUUUGUUAGAAUCUGAUUCUUCCUUUUUAACAUAUAAAUCCAUGAGGCAAUGGGUCUUCUGCAUGAUGCCAUUAGCAGGCAACAAGGCAAGUACCCCGAGGCUGCAUUUCUUGUAUGCGGGGAUUUCAACCAGGCAGAUUUGAAAGUGGUCCUACCUAAAUUCUAUCAACACAUAAAGUGUGCAACCAGGGGAGAAAAGACUCUGGACAGGCUGUAUACAAAUGUCAAACAGGCCUAUAAGGCCGAACCAUUGGCACAUCUAGGCCAAUCUGAUCAUGUGUCCCUGCUCCUGACUCCUGAAUAUAUUCCAUUGAGGAAACGGACUCCAGCUAUAAAGAGGGAUAUUACAAUAUGGCCAGCUGAAGCAUCCCAACAACUACAAGACUGUUUUCAUGACACCGAUUGGGAGGUAUUCGCCCAACAGGAUGUAGAGACUCAUAUUGAGCAAGUGUUGGACUAUAUUAGGUUCUGCACUGACAAUGUAACACGGAGGCGCCAGAUAAAGAUCUACCCAAACAGGAAGCCAUGGAUGACAAGGGAGGUCCAGGGGUUGCUAAAGGCAAGAAAUACUGCUUUCAGAAGUGGAAAUAAGUCGCUGUACAGCUUAGCUAGAGCCGAUCUAAAGAGAGGUAACCGUGUAGCAAAGGAGGUGUAUAGACAGCGGCUGGAGAAUCAUCUACAAAGUAACGACACCAGGCAGGUGUGGCAAGGUGUACAAGAAUUAACAGGGUAUAAAUCCAAGGACUCCCUGGCAGACGAGGGAGGGGCAUCCCUCGCAGAGGAUUUGAAUGCCUUUUUUGCCCGUUUGAAGUAACAUCUGCAGCAACACCUGCUGAGGCGUUACCAACACCACCACCACUCCCUGUGAAGGCUUUGCCAUCAUCACCACCAUUACCAUCAUCAGUACAAAGGAAUGUAGUAGUCUCUGUGGAAAAAGAAGAGAUGAGGAAGGUGUUGAAGGGAAUCAACCCAAGGAAGGCCACAGGGCCAGAUGGGGUAGCUGGAAGGGUAUUGAGGGACUGUGCAGAUCAACUAGCAGGAGUUUUCACUGGGAUUUUAAAUCGAUCCCUAGCCCAGGCUAUUGUUCCAUCCUGCCUAAAGUCCUCUAUUAUCGUUCCAAUAGCAAAAAAUCUAACCCGGAAGAUCUGAAUGAUUUUCGUCCAGUAGCACUCACACCUAUAAUCAUGAAGUGCUUUGAAAAGCUGGUACGAAAUUAUGUCAUUGCCUGCCUACCAGAGGGACUGGACACAUUCCAAUUUGCUUAUAAAACGAAAAGAUCGACAGAGGACGCUGUUGCGAUUGCCCUCCAUGCCGUCCUUGCACAUUUGGAGCAGUGGGGGGGUUAUGCCAGACUGCUUUUUUUAGAUUUCAGCUCGGCAUUUAAUACCAUUCUACCACAACGUCUGAUGUCUAAACUGGAAGAUCUGGGGCUUCCGUUAUCACUUUGUGGGUGGAUAUUGGACUUUUUGUCAGACCGCCCCCAGAGGGUUCGGUUGGGCCCUUAUACCUCUAAUAUGCUUAAGACUAACACAGGAACACCACAGGGAUGCGUACUCAGUCCGCUCCUUUAUGUCCUCUAUACGUACGAUUGUGUCGCUACUCACCCUAAUAACAGGGUUGUUAAAUUUGAAGAUGACACAACCGUGAUUGGGCUCAUCCCUGAAAGGGAGGGUGAAACGGAUUAUAGAGAUGAGGUGGAGCGGCUGACAGAGUGGUGUAGAGCUAACAACUUGCUCAUAAAUACAAGGAAGACAAAGGAGCUUGUGGUGGACUUCAGGAGACAGAAGAGCAACGUCCAGCCACUUUUGAUUGAUGGGGUCUGUGUGGAGAGGGUAACAACGUUCAGAUUUUUGGGCAUUGAAUUACAAGAGGAUCUGUCCUAGAGUGUCAACACAAGGGGGCUUGUGAAGAAGGCGCAGCAGAGACUGUACUUUUUGAGAAUACUAAGGAAAAACCAUCUUCCGCAGAAACUGCUGCUUGCCUUCUAUCACUGUGCCAUUGAGAGCGUGCUCACUUAUGGCUUAUGUGUAUGGUACGGAAGCUGUACUACCCAGGACAGGAUGGGGUUGUGCAGGGUUGUUAAGGCAGCAGAGAGCAUUGUUGGCUGCCCACUCUCCACCUUAGAGCAGAUUUAUGCCACAAGGUGCCAUAGGAAGGCACUGGACAUAGUAAAAGAUCCAUCGCAUCCUGGUCACUGUCUCUUCGAGCUCUUGCCGUCGGGACGGAGAUACAGGACGAUGAAGACAAGAACGAGCCGUCUUAAGAACAGCUUCUUCUCCAGAGCGAUCUCGGCCCUGAAUGGGAAGCCCGGACUUUGAAAGUCAUCUAAUCUCCCUUGCUGUAUUAUACUGUAUUGUUUAAUUAGUGUUUUUAUGGAGCAGUCAAGUAAUUUUGUUGUCCCCGAAGGGGGCAAUGACAAUAAAGAUAUUAUUAUUAUUUUAUUCAGAAUAGGAAUCAACCACAAUCAGGUAGUACUUGGCAUUGCCUCUAGAGGGUGAUAGAGGACCAAUUACAUCAGCAUGCACCUGCUGAAAAGCUCUUUUGACUAUUUUACUAGGCUUUCUGCCCUUUUGAGCCACAGUGACCUUUGUUUCUACACAUCACACGUGUCACAUCAUUAUCAACAUCAUCAUUACAUUCAUUACUGUCAAAUGAAAGUAAAUACAGCCCGUCCUCAUUGUAGGCAAACAGAAGAUCAUCUCCAUCCUUUGCGAUGAUGCACUUCUCCCUGUCAAAAGAAACACAGAAAUCUUGUGCAGUUAGCUGAGAAACACUGAGCAAAUUAUAAGUCAGUCCCAGAACAUAUAGUACAUUUUGUACUGAGGUCUGGAUGCUUUCAAGGUAUGUUUUCCUAAUACCUUCACUUCGCAGACAACGUCCAUCUGCCUGUUUGAUGGUGUCAUUCUGCUCCUUAAAGGUAACAAACAAACCUUUCUGACUACAGAGAUGAAAUGUCGCCCCCGUAUCUACCACAAAAGCAUUAUGGGUAGGUGAGGUGGUGCAUUGCAUGAUCAAAGCAAGUGCCUGGGUAGAGCUGGGCUUGGCACAAUUCUUGCCUCCCACCCCUCCGCUCCUUGUAGCUUCCUUGGGCUUCUGGUGCUUCCUGCAGUCACGUUGCAGGUGGCCUUUCUCCCUACACUUGAAACACGACAGGGCUUUCAAAGCAACGGCCCCCUCUGCACCUUGCACCGCCGACAGGGGUGCUUUUGAGGCUUCGGCCUCCCCCUCAUCAGCUACAAGUGCCAUUUGGCGGUCAGACUCAUUCAGAAGCAUUGAACAGACUCUCUGGACUGUUAAAUCAGCAGCUGGCAGAGCUCCAAGCUGCGAUGCAACAACCACAUAUGACGUAUCCAUGCUGUUGAUUAUCAUAAAACAGAAAAGGGACUCCGGAAGCAGGACCUCCCUCUGCUCCAACUGGUCACACUGAAACUUCAUCUGUGUAAGAUGUUUUUGCAAAUCUCCCCCAGUUCUCAGCUUCAUAUUGGAAAGCUUCUGGAAAUAUAAUAGGGCGGAUCCUGCGGCGAUGCGAAGAUGCGCUUCUCUUAGAGCAAGCCAGACUGCCUGUGCUGUCACCAAACCCUGGAUAUGGAUCAGUUUGUUAUCUGAUACAUGCAACAUGAUCACAGCCCUCACCUGUUUAUUGGCAUCACACCACCGUCUGGUUGGUACCUGUGGCAUUGGGUCAUCUAUAACAAACCACAGUCUUUGUCGAAGCAAAAGCGCUUCCAUUUUUACACACCAUCCUGAAUAAUUAUUGCCCAUCAGAAGCAGACAGGACAUCGUUCUGAUUCUGUGCUUGGAAUCCAUCUCGGCUUUUACUUUAUAGCCAAAAGCCUUUGCAGCAUCAAACAGCAGCUAGCAGUCAGCAGUCAUAAAUUUCAACAAGCAGCUCGCUAAUUCCAGUGGCAGCGCUCACUUUCCGAGGUUUUAAUUGCCUCGUAAAUCACAGUACUCGCAGCUCCCCACUCCUGGCUGGAAUGCAGGUCUCUUUCUCAUGGCUCAUUGCAGCUUCACACCGUGCUUCUGUGCCGAUCGGCAGGCUCCCCCCGGACGCAAAACCGGCGUCGCUGCUCCAGAGUGCGAUGGCCCGGAACCAUCCUCUGCUACCAAUGUUGGAAUUUGCCCUGGGGCUGCCUGCAAGCCCCCGAAACUCCAAACGUCCUCCGAUGUGCGCAGCACUGGAAAAGGCAUCUCCCUUCUUCUCCAGGGUGCUCCAGCGACAUAAAUCAGCUUGAUUUAUGCACGCUAUACUUCUAGCGUUACACAGCAACAAGCGUGGGACAUUGUAGAUCUAAGCUACUAUUUAUUUACACUCUAUAUACAGACUACAGCAUAAUGGUGUCCGUUCUCUUCCAAGAGAACAGAAGAAGUGAAAGUACAGUCCAAAGUACAUACAAUGAAAGAGAGAUAAGGCUGUCUUCCGUUCCCAUAGUCUUCUCAGACAGGCAUGUGAUUUACAACAAUCUCAAAUGCAGCGACGGUGGAGUGAAAUGUUAACAUCAACCUCAAUCCAUGAGCCACCAUUCAUCCUCCAACCACCUCCAGACACUCACACAGAACAUUCACUGCCUUCACUGGUUGUGAUUUAAAUGAGAGGUAGAGCUGGGUAUCGUCUGCAUACUGGUGAACACCCAGCCCAAACGCCCUGAUGAUCUCUUCUAAUGACUUCAUAUACAGUUGCAAUUGAAAUUAUUCAAUCCCCAUUGCUCAUCAGGCUUAUUAUCAAAAUUUACAGACUUUAAACUGUUUGCAAUGAGCAAAUAAAACAAAAGCAAUUGAAAUAGCUCAACACUACAGAUUCUUCAAGUGGUUUUCCCAAAUUCAGCUGACAUUGUAACUUAUACUGCAACUUGUGGGGGACAGAACCCUGAGGCACCCCACAAGUGAGCACCCAGGGGUCUGAACACUCAUACCCCAACACCACUUUCUGGACACGACCCAGGAGGAAGGAGCGGAACCACUGUAUAACAGUGCCCUCAGCUCCCAACCCCUCUAGACUGUCCAGAAGGAUGUCAUGGUCAAUGAUCUCAAAGGCUGCUGAAAGAUCCAGCAGAACUAGGAAAAAGCUUUCACCUUAGUCCCUAGCCUGGCGGAGGUAAUUGACAAGCGCAACCAAUGUAAUUUCAGUCCCCUGAUGAGGCCUGAAUCCUGACUAGAAGGGAUCCAAAUGGUCCACAUCCUCCAUACAUUGUUCAGAAACCACCCGCUCAGUUUCCUUGCCCAAGAAUGGAAGAUUUGAUACUGGGCGAUAGUUGGCCAUAUGGGCUGAGUCCAAAAAUGUUUUUUUUUAAGAAGCGGUUUAAUAACCACUUCUUUCAGUGGGUCUGGGAUGACUCCCUUACAGAGGGAAGCAUUCACCACACCGCAGAGCACAUCGCCCAGCCCUUCCCAGCUCUCUUUUAUUAGCCAGGAUGGGCAAGGAUCAAGGAGACAGGUGGUCGGUUUCACUCGUCCAAGCAGCCUGUCCACAUCCUCGGAGGUAACAGAUUGGAAUUGAUCCCAUGCAACUUGACUAGACAGGACUCUAGCACUCUCCCGCCCCAGCCCUGUUCCCACGGUGGAGUCUACCUCUUUCCGAACCUGAGCAACUUUAUCUGCAAAAAAACUUUGCAAAAAACCAUUGCAGGAGAUCUUGGGGUCCUCACCAGGCCCCAAUGGCGAAGGUUGUUCCCUUAGAUUGCAAACCACCUGAGUCUUCUGCUGCUGUUUUCUGCAGAUGCAAUAGAGGCUCGCCGUUGAGCUGUAACCCAUGUUCUGUCUGAUUCGGAGUGGGAUUUCUGCCACUGGCUCUCUAGCUGUCUCAACGAUUGUUUCAUUGCCCUCAGAUCCGUGGAAACCCACGGGGCUGUCUGGGUUCCAUGCAAUCUGAGAGGGCGCUUUGGAGCCAGACAGUCGAUAGCCCUGGUUAACUCCGCAUUCCAGCGGGCCACCAGGGAAUCAGCUGAAAGGCCAUCAACAUGGGAUAAGACAUUCCCUGCCACCCUUUGGAAACCAUUUGGAUCCAUUACGUGGUGGGGCAGACCAUCCAAGUAGGUCCCACCUUCCUGCAGUGGGGAAGGGUCAUGGAGAAGUCUAGUUGCACCAGGAAGUGAUCCAGGCUGUCUUAUUUCAACGGCAAAUAAUAAGAACCACAUAUAUUAUGUUACAUAAAAUGUGGGGUGCUGGGUUAUUGUUGUUAAUUAAUGGGAAGGGACAUAGCUAAAGUGGUAGAGCAUCUGAUCUGCAUGCAGAAAGGGUCCCGUGUUCAAUCCCUGGCAUAUUCAGAUAGAGCUAGGAAAGGCUUCCCGCUUAAAACCCUGGAGACCUUCUGAUUAUUAUUAUUAUUAUUAUUAUUAUUAUUAUUAUUAUUUAUUAGAUUUAUAUACCGUCCUCCCUCACAAUAUCUCAGGGCUGUUCACAGGAUGAAAAUGCAAGGUAAAUAGUUAAAAUAAAAACAAAACAAUACGCCCCCUCCCACAAACACAUUUAAAAGGCUGUAAAAUAGUCUUAUAAAACCAAAAAAUACAAAAACAAAAUACAAAUUAACAUGUAACACAUAACAUUUAAGAACAACUAAAAACAACCCUACCCCUCAAAUAAGCAACACCCACCCAAGUUAAAAUCCCAUCCCCAUUAACACCAUUAUUUUUGCAAAAGGGGGUUGGCCCACACCCUCAUUGGCCCACACCCUUUGGUGUUGCCCUGCUGGAGGCAUCCUUGCUGAUGCCAGUCAGUGUACACAAUAUUUAAGGAGUUCGGCCAGUAUAAAGACGCUUCCUAUGUUUCCAUAUAAACAGUGUUCAAUAAAUUAAAGAAUGAAUGCUCCUCUAUUAUAUACUGGUUUUAGACUGGUGCUGUUUUUUAUUUUAGAUAGGGUUGAAAUAAUCUAAUCUGGACCCCAUUAAAGGUCAAAAGGUAAAGGACCUCUGGACAGUUAAGUCCAGUCAAAGGCGACUAUGGGGUGUGGCGCUCAUCUCGCUGCAGGCUGAGGGAGCCGGUGUUUGUUCACAGACAGCUUUCCGGGUCAUGCGGCCAGCAUGACUAACCACUUCUGGCGCAACGGGACACCGUGAUAAGUGCCAGAGCGCACGGAAACACAAUUUACCUUCCUGCUGCAGUGUUAUCUACUUAUCUACUCACGCUGGUGCACUUGCAAACUGCUGGGUUGGCAGGAGCUUGGACAAAGCAAUGGGAGCUCAGAGGCUCAGUGGUUUAGACCACAGGGCAACCCACAUCCCUUGGACCCCAUUUGUUGGGAUGUGAAUAGAUGCUAGGAAAGGACAAUAUCUAAUAAAUAUAUCCUCUGCUAGCAUCUAUUCACAUCCCAACACUUUCUUCUCUUUUAAUUGGGCCUGUUCUUGUCCAUUUUGUACUUGCAAGGAACCAAUUCUUCCAGGACGCGGCACCUACUCUCUGGAAUCCCCUGCCCACUGAAAUUAAGCAGGUGCCUUCCUUGUACCAUUUUAUUUAUUUUUAUUUUUUAAAAAAUAAUUUUUAUUAACCGACCAAUCAAAUCAAAUCAAAUCUCAUCACAUAAAUUCCGAAUUACAAAGCCGAAUUUUAAUUUUUUUGUUGGGGGGACCCAUAUUUCUAGUUCCGAAGGGGAUUCCAAUCAUCUUCUUGCUGCUGCGUUAAUAUCCACAAAUCUGUCCAAAUAAUGUUCAUAAUUCUAUCCAGUCCUAUCUUGCUGUUCUCACAUCUCAUCUUGUUCGUAUAUUUUUCUUUUUUUUCUUUAUGAUCUCUUCUGAUAAUCUCCUUAAGCAGGUAAACACCAGUUAUAAUCCUGUGUGAAUUUUCCGUUCGUCCAAUCAUCAUGUCGAGAUGGUUUCCAUAUAUCAUCACUUUCAUAAAUAAAAGCACUCUUUCCAUCAUCAGUCUCGCAGAUCUGUCGCCCUUCCUUGUACCAUUUUAGACGUACUCAAAACAUUUCCAUUUAGGCAAGCCUACCCAGCUGUACAAUUUUAUUAUGUACGUUUGUUCUUUUAAAAAAAAUGUUGAUUUUUAUCUCUUUCUUUUAUGGCUUUAUUAUUUUACUAUUUUUAAAGUCUGAUUUUUUUGCUAUUUUGUAUGAAUGUUUUAUUUCACUCUAUGUAUAUAUUUUUAAUUAAGCAGUAUAUAAAACAUGUUAAAUAAAAAAAACAGAAAAUAUGCAGGCACUGUUUUUCUUUGGACAGAAAUGCAGUGGUUUGCAUUACAUACGCUUCAGGUUACAGACUCCGCUAACCCAGAAAUAGUGCUUCAGGUUAAGAACUUUGCUUCAGGAUAAGAACAGAAAUUGUGCUCCGGCAGCGCAACGGCAGCAGGAGGCCCCAUUAGCAAAAGUGUUACCUGAGGUUAAGAACAGUUUCAGGUUAAGAAAGGACCUCCGGAACAAAUUAAGUACAUAACCAGAGGUAGCACUGUAAAAUGCUGGAGAAUACUAAGCCUUCUAAAUUGCUAUGUAUUGGGUCACACAAGGACACAAAAGAUGCAAGAGGAGGGGAAAGUGACAACUCUAAAUGGUUAAGGACUCCUUUUUUCGUGUCAUUUUCCUUUAAAAAUAAAUUUCAGAGUGCACAUCUGGGGUGUAUCUAUAGGAGGCAGUGAUGUUAAAAGAGGAUUGGAUAAAUUCAUGGCUAGGCUAUGCUCUGUUUCCAUUGUCAGAGGCAGUAAUCCUUCUGAAUACUAGUUUCUUGAAACCACAGGAGGGGAAGGUGCUCGUAUGCUCAUGUUUUGCUCUCUGGUUUCCCACAGGCAUCUGGGUGGCCCCCAUGGGAACAGGAUGCUGGACUAGAUGGGUCAUUGGAGUAGUCCAGCAGGCUCUUUUUAGUCCUACUUGGAAUAGACCCUUUGAAAUUACUGUGCAUGAGUAACAUAGGCCCCAUAAUUUUAAUGUGUGCACUUUGAAUAAAACUUAGUUGGUGUUAUGUACUGAGUUGAAUAGGAUCCAAAAUGCAGCAGUCUGAUUGGUCCGCAGGAGCCACCCAAUCCAGCUCCAGGUGGAAGUGAAUCCGCAACCUGAUUGGCCUACAGGAGAAUCCCGGAAUUAGCCAAUCACGUGCGACCCAUUGUUUAAAUAAUGUAUAUAAAUUAGACAGUUUGGGGGAACUUCCAUUCCUCGCUACUAUGAGCUGAAUAAAGAGCAUGAAAUCCACACUCGACUCCGAGUAUAUUUCAGUUGGAUAUGACCCUUGGGCUUUAAAAAGGGACUUUGAUCUGAAAAGGUGGAAGACGACUGCCCUGCAUUAUUGCACUUAACUUUUUCUCAGUCUUCUUUAUGCCCAGAGUGCAGAACUAGAACUAAUGGCUAAAUAUUAGAGGGUACUUCACAGGGGCAGGAGCUUUUCAAAAGUGCACAGGACUGCCUCUGGAGGUGGGCAGGCUUUCCAUUACAGUGGGUCUUUUACCCAGCUAUUUUUUCAGGGAUGUUGUGGUUGCAUCCUGCAUUUUAGACCCUUUGUCCGGCAGGGGAUUGGACUAGAUGACCUCUGAAAGACCCAACUUCAAUUACCGUAUGCACUCCUAGUCUGGGCAUGACUAUAUGGUUGAUUUGUUUCAAUGGGUAUAUUCUAGGUAUAUUUUACAACCCUAUGACUUUUUUUCCCCUUUAAAUCUCCAGAGAUCUGGGAAAGAGACUCCUGUAGAAAGCAAGAUCAAGAGGAACCGUGUGCUGGUCUGUGCUCCGUCCAACGCUGCUCUAGAUCACCUCAUGAAAAUAAUGAUUGUUGAGUUCAAGGAAAAAUGUCAGGACAAGGAAAAGCCUUUGGGUAUGAUGAGUUCUUGGCCAGUUCUCAUCUGUGGAAUUCAUAGCUGGAGGGAGCAAUUGGCUUGGUCAUAACUGAAGAAUAAGACAUUAUUCCGCGUUUAAGUCACUUAGACCCCCCCCCCACCUGCCAGUAUAGGUAGUGGGUGCUUUGCUUUUCCUAAGGCAUUUGUCCUUGCAGAGAAUCCAUCGGAAAUCCUUUGGAACAGGGUUGGAUCUUGGUGGUGGACCAUGUGUUUGGAAUGCUGAAGGCCCCCAAUCUAAUCUCCCUGAUGCCCUCUGUUUAUCCUGUAGACUCCAAGCAAAGCCUUUCUUGUACAUCCUUACACUUUUUAAAGGUUCUUUGGGAUCCUUUUAGUGCUGCACGUACCUACUAAAAGCUUUGCUGCACUUAUUUUUACUGGUUUUAGUGUUGUAUUUUUAUUUUGUUGUUUUGUCUUGUUUUCUGUAAGCUGCCCUAAGGGUGUCUGCAGCAAAAGAACCUUGACGAGGAACGAGUUUCAUAGUUAACUGCGCACUGUGUGAAUAAGUAAUUUUUAAAAUCUGUCCUAAGACUUCCAGCAUUUAGCAUUUUAAGAUACCCACGAGUUCCAGUGUUAUGAGACAGAGGGAGAAACUUUUCUGUAGCCACUCUCUCCAUACCUUGCAUAAUUCUAUAAACAUCUGGCUUGUUGCCUCUUGCCUUUUCUCUAAACCAAAAAGUCCCAAAUGUUACAACCUUUCCUUGUAGGGGAGUUGCUGUAUCCCCUUGGUCAUUUUGGUUGCCAUUUUUUGAACUUUUUCUAACUCUUAUUGAGGAUGUGCAAGAUGCAGAUUUCAGGAUUUGCUAAGCAGAUCAAAAGUAUUUCUUUGCCAAAUGUCUUUCUAGUUUAAAAAAGCUAGCUGUACUUCAGCAGGGCUCUAAGUGUCUGUUUCACACCCAGGAAACUGUGGUGACAUCAACCUGGUGAGGCUGGGGGAAGAAAAAUUGAUCAGCAAGGACGUACAGAAAUUCAGUCUGGAUGCCCAGGCCAAUCGCAGAAUGAGUGAGUAGUUUGUAAAGGGUUCCUCCCUCACACCAUUUGCUGUCUCCUAAUUAGUCUGCUUAACAGUGGGCUUCAAAAGUUGGUUCUUCAUAGCCCCGAGUCUCUGUUCUAUCUGGGACAGACCUUUCCCAGAUUGUGAGCAGGGAUGAAAUCCCGUAACACCAUCCUAUCCCUCCCAUCCUAUCCUGGUCUGCAGCCAAAGAUGUUUAUUUUAUCAAAUAUAUACUCUGGCUUUUACUCUGGCUUUAUCUAAGCAUAAUUAAACAAUAAAGCAUCACACACAAAACAAAAAAUAUAACUGAAAUCACUUCAGCUAUAAAGUCUUCUUAAAAGUCAUUCCCAGCAGUUUUAAAUCAGUUUCGUAAUUGGGGUAUAACAGGAACCUCUGGGUUGUAAUGUUAGUAGACCCAUUGAAAUCAAUGGAGCUGACUGGCACUGGAUAUUGUUAUAAAGAUUGGGUGUCACCCCCCACUCUGCUAAGCAGUAGCAAACUUCUAGGCGGUGUUCCAGGUGCUCACCCAGGAUCUGUGUUCCUUUGAGAAUCAAGGUGCGGCAGAGGCUUGUGUAGCUUUAAGAAAUAUGAUUUAUUCACAUAUUUACACCUGAGUUUAGAUAAAGGGAGUCCAGAUCUUACAGUAUGGUCAUCUCAAGAAGGGCUUGUUCCCUGUUCUCCCAGCCUGCCUGCUCAAGAUGGAACUUUCUCUCUCCGCCUCCCUUUCUUCUUCCCAGCACACCUUGCUAAAGGCACUCUUUUCAUGUUACCUCAAAUACAGUCACCCAGGGAAGCCUUCUAAAUCCCUGGUUACUGUUCACACCUCAGGACAGUGGGGAAGGACAGCUCUCUUGCAUUGCCAAUGGCCCUUAAUGGUCCUGUAUUGUUCAUCAUGCGAAAGGCGGGGCUGGAUGAAUCCCUAGCCGGAAUUAAGAUUCGGAAUUAAGAAAUAUCAACAACCUCAGAUAUGCAGAUGACACAACCUUGAUGGCAGAAAGUGAGGAGGAAUUAAAGAACCUUUUAAUGAGGGUGAAAGGAGAGCGCAAAAUAUGGUCUGAAGCUCAACAUCAAAAAAACGAAGAUAAUGGCCACUGGUCCCAUCACUUCCUGGCAAAUAGAAGGGGAAGAAAUGGAGGCAGUGAGAGACUUUACUUUCUUGGGCUCCAUGAUCACUGCAGAUGGUGACAGCAGCCACAAAAUUAAAAGACGCCUGCUUCUUGGGAGAAAAGCAAUGACAAACCUAGACAGCAUCUUCAAAAGCAGAGACAUUACCUUGCCAACAAAGGUCCGUAUAGUUAAAGCUAUGGUUUUCCCAGUAGUGAUGUAUGGAAGUGAGAGCUGGACCAUAAAGAAGGCUGAUCGCCGAAGAAUUGAUGCUUUUGAGUUAUGGUGCUGGAGGAGACUCUUGAGAGUCCCAUGGACUGCAAGAAGAUCAAACCUAUCCAUUCUGAAGGAAAUCAGCCCUGAGUGCUCACUGGAAGGACAGAUCCUGAAGUUGAGACUCCAAUACUUUGGCCACCGCAUGAGAAGAGAAGACUCCCUGGAAAAGACCCUGAUGUUGGGAAAGAUGGAGGGCACAAGGAGAAGGGGACGACAGAGGACGAGAUGGCUGGACAGUGUUCUUGAAGCUACGAACAUGAGUUUGACCAAACUGUGGGAGGCAGUGGAAGACAGGAGUGCCUGGCGUGCUCUGGUUCAUGGAGUCACGAAGAGUCGGACACGACUAAAUGACUAAACAACAACAAUUGUUUCUUAAUGGCCAUAGCUUGGCUAGGUCGUUUUGCAUAGGCUAGCCCAGGAAUUCCUCUGCAGCUUGUAUAUUCCCUUCAUAUCCCAAAUAAUCAAAACCUUACCAUUUAUUAAUUUCUAGGGAUCCCCCCACCAUAUAACAAUAUAACAGUAUAAACCCACAGUUUAAUGAAUGUCAGAAGCAUUGAAUUUCAGUGGUAAGCAACCAAAGUUCCAUUUUGAAAGUGGGAUAUAAAUUUCUAAAUUAAAAGCAUUUGGUUGGAUUCCUUAGGCCGAGCAGCCCUUGGGAAAGAUCAAGACAUCCACAAGCGGAAGAAAGAGAUAGAUCAACGACUGGAUGCUCUUUCUUGCCAGUGUGCUAUAGACGAAAGCCAAAGCAAAGAGAAGGUACUUGUUAGUUGCCAUGUGUAAUUUGACCAGGAUUAUUAUAUCCUACUCAGUCUGUCCGGUAGGCUGUGGUCUGAAACUGUAGUUCAGACAUGCUCUUCAGUUCAAAGUGUGAAGGCUUGGAGGCACAGCGGAUGGGCCGAAACCUGAUGUGGGGUAGUGGGGAGACACAUGUUUUACUUGCUCAAAUGCUCAGUCUUCAGUUAAAGUGGGGAUCAAGUAGCAGGGAGGCUGUUCAGAACUUUUUUCUUUCUUUCCGUAAGCAGCCCUAUACUGAGUCAGAAAAUAGAUCCAUCUAGCUCAGGCUUCCUCAAGCUCGGCCCUCCAGAUGUUUUGAGACUACAAUUCCCAUCAUCCCUGACCACUGGUUCUGCUAGCUAGGGAUCAUGGGAGUUGUAGGCCAAAAACAUCGGGAGUGCUGAGGUUCAGGAAGCCUGAUCUAGCUCAUUAUUGUCAACAUUGACAGGCAGCAACUCUCCAGGGUUUCAGACAGGGUUACCUGGCAGCCCUACCUAGAGAUACCAUUGGGGAUUGAAUCUGGGACCUUUUGCAUCCAAAGUAGAUGCUCUACCACUGAGCUAUGCCCUUCCCCAUGAUUGGUUGAGUAUUCAUGUCAAAAACGAGUAAAUUCCCACCCACCUCAUCUUUCUUUCAGAAACAACAGUUAGAGCAGGAAACUCGCAGGCUUGCAGAAGAGAGCAAGAGGCUCACUGUUCAACUGAAGGAGGUAUGAGUUUCAUCACUAAGAUGCUCUUAAAAACAACCUUGGUGAACUGCUUCAUCUCAUCAUGCAAAAAAGUGCUUGUGUCUUGGAUUAGCUCCAGCUAGGAAAUCAGAAUAUCUCUCCUGUUAGUACAGAUCACUGAUUGUGCUGCUACUCUGUUGCACAUCAGCCACGUGCCAUUAUCUCAGCCAAAUCAUAGACUAGGGUUGCCAUAGGUCUGGGAAAUCCUGGACAUGUCAUCUUUUGUUGGGCCAACAUGCCCACCCCGGGGGAUUUUUACAUUUUAAAGGAAAUGUCUGGGUUGGGGGGGGGGCUGGUUUGCUUGUUUGUUUGUUUGCGUUUGGCUUGGGCAUGGGAGGCUUGGGCACUGGUGGCUUUCUCCCACUUCCUCUUUCAGCUCUAUGGACUGUAGACAAUUAAUUUUUACCCAUUUAGAUUAAUGAGCCUAAUGGGCUCGUCAUGUUCAUUCACUGGAUUGGAUACAACCCUAUGUGCUUUCCAAGCUGGGUUAGGGUAACUUUCCUCACCACCUCAUGCCAUAGAAGGUGAGGCUGUGGCUUGGUGGGCACCGAGAGAAAUUCUAAGGGGCACUGUUGCAUUCCUGAGCACCACAUGGGUGAACACAUACACCUUCAUACGGACUCUAAGCAGGUAUUUGGCUGUGUUUAUCCUGAGUCAUAGGAGCAUUGGGAAGCUGCUUUAUACUGAGUCAGGCCAUUGAUCUAACUUGGUCAGUAUUGUUUGCCCUAUCUGGAGAUAUUGGCGAUUGAAGCUGACACCUCCUGCAUGCAAAAUGGGUACCCCUUCACAGAACUAUGGCCUGUCAUUUUAGCAUCCAAUCCAGUUCUUCUUCUAAAAGCAGCUGACUUCAUCUUCAACCACACACUGAGCAUGGACUUGUUUUGCCUGCCUGACCAUGGCUGCUGUUGCAAAAACAAAACAGGCAGCUGAAAGAAAACUGGUCUCUGUCUAAAAAUUAGGUGGUCUUAAAAAGGAAGUUCCUGGCUCUUGUGUUUCCCAGGUUUGUGGGCGAUCGCAAAGCGACAUGAAAACGAACAUCAUCCUGGAGUCUCACAUCAUCUGCUGCACACUGAGCACCAGUGGGAGCAGCCUGCUGGGUGCAGUAUUCCAGCGGCUGGACUGUGAUCCUCUGAGUUGCGUCAUCGUGGACAUGGUUAGUGGGGGAUAUAGGCACUACAGUAGCAAGGGCAUAUUUGGGGCAGGAGGAUGGAGGGUGUCUUUAGUACCUUUUACAGAUUGCAGAAACAGCCCUGUUCACUUUGGCUGCCUUGUUUUGUAUUUAUACAAAUGUUUCCCCACCACCAGCACCCUCUUCUGACAUUAAAAGCCCUCAAGGCAGCUUUUUGGUUUGAUGUGUUUUGACUGUUUUUAGUGGUGUUGCCUGCUUUUUUCCUCUUUUUUAUUUCAAGGCGUGCAUAGGUGGUUUGCCAAAGGGGGGUGGGUGGGCAGACGGGGGAGUCAGAUCAUUGCCAGUUUUUCUUUUGUGAAAUAAGUAUUUUCUUGUGUCCUUAACUGUUACUUACCGUAUUUUUCGCUCCAUAGGGCGCACCGGACCAUAGGGUGCACCUAGUUUUUUUUGGGGGGGGGGAAUAAAGGGGGGGAAAUAUUUCCCCCCCCCCAGCUCCAAAGAGCAAAGAAGCCAAGACAGCGAGUGGGAUCCAUCCCGCUGGCUGUCUUGGCUUCCUCUUUAGCCACGUGCAACCUCUCCAGCCGGGAGAGGCUGUGCGCGGCUUCGUUUUUAGCCGUGGGGCUGGGGCGGGGGAAGCCCCCAAAACAGGUCCAGGAGCGGCGGCAAGAUUGCGCGCAACCUCGCCGCCACUCCUGGAGCUUGCGGGGCUGGGGGCAGGGGAAGCUCGCGCUUCCCCCGACCCCAGCACCCAGAACAGACAGCUAUCCGCAAGCCUUCCGAGCGCAGCGGGAGUUCCUGCCGGGCUCCGAAGGCUUGCGGAUAGCUGCCUGAAGCCGGGGGAGCGCAGCGGGAGUUGACAUUGCGCUCCCUGGGUUUCAGGCUGCAGGCUGCUAUCCGGCUUCAGGCAGCUAUCCGCAAGCCUUCGGAGCCCGGCGGGAACACCCGCUGCGCUCCGAAGGCUUGUGGAUAGCUGCCUGAAGCCUGGAGAGCGAGAGGGGUCUACGCGCACCGACGCCUCUCGCUCUCCAGGCUUCAGCGAAAGCCUGCAUUCGCUCCAUAGGACGCACACACAUUUCCCCUUCAUUUUUGGAGGGGGAAAAGUGCAUCCUAUAGAGCGAAAAAUACAGUAGAUUUCCAAAUAUGCCCUUGAGCCCAAAAAGGUUGGGGACUCCUUAGGAACAUAGGAAUGUGCCUUAUACUAAAUCAGACCAUUGCUCCAUCUUGCUCAGUAUUGUCCACACUGACUUACAGCAGCUCUCCAAGGUUUUAGGCAGGAAUCUCUCCCAGCCCUACCUGGAGAUGCCAAGGACUGAACCUGGGACCUUCUGCACACAAGACAGCUGCCUUCUGGAGGACAUCAUGUCAGCUACCCAUGAGUAGCCUUAGGGAAUCCCUCUCUGCAAGAACCUUUUACAUAAUUACAGAAAGCUCUUUGAAUGCUUAUGGAAAAUCGCUACAUAAGUACUAAAUAACAUUAAUGUCAGCGAAGCAGCUCCAGUCAAGCUCUAAGCCUGGGAGGCCAUGAACCACUUGAUCCAACCAGAUGAUCACCUGCUAAUUCACCUGACCAGCCUAACCCUAAUAGCAUGUCACAGUGGGGAAACCUAAAUCCCUGAUUGGCACUUGUUCUGUAGUGGUUGGUAACGUGGGCCUGGUGUGUGCAUGAAGACGAAAAGAGAGAAAGAGGAGGCAAGCUGCUGUGCUUACUGAUUAAAUGUAUUUUUACUGUUGCUGCUCUAUACGUUUCAGAGUACAUAACUCCCUUCAGGAGCUUUAAAUGCUUACAAAUUCCUUAGACCCAGAAACACUCUCUUCUGUAAACCUGAGCUCAGAAAACAGCUCUGAAUAAUCUGCGAAGCAACCUUUUUUUCUUUCUGCACCUCUACAAUGAAUCAGGUUUACAGUUUGUUGUUGGGGUUUUUUUGGUUUUGUUUUUUUAAAACUUUAAUCAGUAAGCACAGUAGCUUGCCUCCUCUUUCUCUGACCCUGGGCCUAAUCACUACAUUGAAAGCCUGCCUUUUGCUGUUCAUCCAGUCCAAGCAUGUUGGUGCUGAGCAGCAUGCCCCUCAUUGAAAAUUCUUCCAGAGGAGUCGUACCCAAAGAUACCUGGGGCAGGAAGGGGUGAGCAUGGAAUUUUAUAGAACUAUAGUAACAGCUUUAUAGAAUUAUAGGAACAGCUGUAGGCUGCCAAGACACGCUUCUCACCUGACAGCCUGAUGCCUAAAUUAAGUGUCCGCAUUAUAAAUGUAGGCCAUCAGUUGAAAGCACUCGGUCUUCAACCAUGCAGGUUCCCAGUUGUACCAUUUAGCGAAAGUUGACACCAUCCCUAGCCCUGGUCAUGAGUGCUUUGCACAUUUUGAGGGUGGAAAUUUUGACUUCCAUGCCUAGGUAACUUAAAUCUCAAGUUGAAGAAGCUGCUGCCACCCUUUAAAAACAAAAACAGAAACAGAAAACCCCCCACACACUUCAGAAUUCAGUUGCUGUAGUCCAGGGGUGGCCAACUCCCAAGAGACUGCGAUCUACUCACAGAGUUAAAAACUGGCAGUGAUCUACCCCAUUUUGGGGGGUGCAGCCAGUGUUCUACUAGUCUUGUUUGCACGCUAACAUUAAGAUGUGUGGUUUAGCAUUAUGUGAUACAGCUUCAGUUGAUGGAACUUGUCGUUCCAACAUUUUUGGAAGGCACCAGCUGGGGUGGGAAAGCUGAACUAUAUCAAAGUACUCAUACAGGGAAAGCAAAUUGUAUUGAAGUUGGAGGCAACCAAAUAAACGUUGGAGAGCUAGGAAUUUAUUUUUUAAGCAAGAUCCUUGAGUAGCUCCCUGCUAUGGAUAGGCCCUUGUGGUCUCUUCCAACUCUAUGAUUCUAUGAUUCUAUGGAUCGAAAGAAAACUGGAUCCAGAGGGUCAGGGGAGGCUAUUAUGUCAGAAUGGAUGAGUUGCAGAUGUGGUAUAGCAGGAUUUGAUACAAGGCGACUUGUGCGGCGAGAUCUUAAGAUCUCUCUCGAUCUCUCUCAUUUAAACUGGUCCCUUUGUCUUUUUAAAAGGCCAUGCAGGCUUGUGAGGUUGAAACUAUCAUCCCACUCAUUCAUGGCUGCAAAAAGCUGGUCCUGGUUGGAGACCCAAAGCAGCUCCCUCCUACAGUUCAAUCUAUGGUGAGUAUGUCAACAAUUAAGGUGUUUUGACUAUCCCAGAAAAAGUUGUAGAGCUGAAAACUGACAGGCUGUUUAUAAGCAUCUAAUGACCCUGCUUUUGGCAUAAAUGAAGUAAAACAUCUAUCAGGUCCUUAAUGGUGUAUGAGCUGCCUACGGUGAAAAUGAUUCAAUUAGUUUAUCUGAUCAAAUUAUUUACACAAUUCUGUGAGUUUCUGUGAAAUCAGCCUGUGUGAUUACCAUGUUAGUAGACAACAUCCCUUUUGGUUAAAAAGAAGUGUAUAUACCAAGUACUGUUUUUCUGGGAGACACUCCAAUGGCUGGUAGGGCAGAGGCAAGAGUAGAUAGGGCCAAUGCUUUAAGAAUGUAUUUUUGUAUAUGUAUAUCACGGGAUAUUCCCAUAGCAGUAGCCUUUGAGAGACUUUUAUUUUUCUCAAGCACCACCAUUUCUCUUAGUUCUGAUAUGCUGCAAAGAGCAUAAGGAGAGGGGAGAGGUUCCUGCACCCUCUUACGCUGCCAUCUUUCCCACUUUCAAAUAAAUAAAAGAUUGGGUUAUUUUGUGGGACUGUUUCCCAAGCCUCUUGGGUAGCCCAGAAUAGUUCACUCAUUCCUAAUCUCUAGUUCAAAUACAGGUGAAACUCGGAAAAUUAGAAUAUCGUGGAAAAGUUCAUUUAUUUCAGUAAUUCAACUUAAAAGGUGAAACUAAUAUAUGAGAUAGACUCAUGACAUGCAAAGCGAGAUAUGUCAAGCCUUUAUUUGUUAUAAUUGUGAUGAUCAUGGCGUACAGCUGAUGAAAACCCCAAAUUAACAAUCUCAGAAAAUUAGAAUAUUAAAUGAAAUCAGCAAAACAAGGAUUGCAAAUAGAGCAAUAUUGGACCUCUGAGACAUGAGACCGAGCAAUGCAGAAGAGCUGAAGGCUGCUAUUGAAGCAUCCUGGUCUUCCAUAACACCUCAGCAGUGCCACAGGCUGAUAGCAUCCAUUCCACGCCGCAUUGAGGCAGUAAUUGAUGCAAAGGGGGCCCAGACCAAGUACUGAGUACAUAUGCAUGCUUCUACUUCUCAUCUCUUGUUCUUUAAUUGUUGCUGCCUGUGCUUAACCCAUUCUCUGAAAGUUUUACUCCUCCUCCCCUCCCUUGCUUUGGCAGAAAGCUGAGGAUUACGGCUACAGGCAGUCUCUGAUGGGCCGACUCUGCAGACACCUGAAUGGGCAAAUCCAAGAAAAACACAGUGACAGGCUUCCAGUCCUGUGCUUGAGGACUCAGUACAGGAUGCACCCAGAGAUCUGCCUCUUCCCUUCCAAUUACAUCUACGACCAUGGCCUGAAAACUGACCGGUGUGUAGACAUCUUACUAAUUUUUUUACCUUGCCUCAAGGCAACAGGCAUUUCAUGAAAAGGUGACCUAAGUGUAGACAUCAGUUCCACAUUACCCUGGAAUUUUGGCUGGUGGUCAGGGAUGGUGGGGGUUGUAUUCCAGCAACACCUGGAGGGUCCUGCUUUAGCUCAUCAUAUCUGGUGUGUUUGUGUGAAUGAAUGUACUUGCUCUGACACUACUGGUGAGUACUUAGUUGAAUGAAAAUUCUGUGCAUGAUCAUAGGCCUCAAACCUGACUCUUUCCAGCAACCUAAUUUGAUACUUUGAUUUUUUUCUUCCAUUCUAACCACUUUCUUGUUCUUUCUUUUUUAAUAUACUGUAUAUUAAAAAUGAUGGUGUUAAAGUCCAUCCAUGUACAGUUUUUAGUGAACGUUCCCUAAUAGUUGCUGACAGAAAUUUAUAUGGUGCUUUUGUCCAUAAAUUGUUCUGUUUAACCUCUUCAGUGUUUAUAUCCCAAUUUAAUUCCCACCAGCUUUUUAGAUUUUGUUGGGGGCAAAAUUGGUUCUCAAUAAGUGUUUUGUAUCAAAGGGAAAUGCUAUCUCUUAUUACUAUAUUUUCAUAUUCUGUUAGUUUACUUGUAGCUUCAUUUUUAAUCUGUGUAUUUGUAACAAAUGAUCUCGGCUGAUAUCCUAACAGCCAUGAAAUUUGAUUAUUUUCUAAACGUACUUGCAUUUCUGCUAUUGUAAGAGGUUGUAUAAGCCUCUGGAUUUUUCUGUAUAAGCCUCUGGAUUUUUUGCCCUUCCACUGCUAUUCACUGAAUAUGUUUGUCAUGCUGUUUGAAUAUUCCCCUUCAUGUAGAAAAUGAUGACAUCAGGGAGAACAGUUUCUGUCAUCCCCCACACCACCUCCCUGACAUGCUAGUUUUCUCUAUGUGGGGAACAUCAUGUGAAUGAUUAUGUGACGGAUAGUGUUUCCUCCUGCAGUGAAGAAUUGAGCAAAUAGACCUCAGCACACUGCUUUUUAAAAGCUAUUAUGAUUUCUCUUUUUUUUAUAUAAAUAAUUUUUAUUAACUGACCAAUCAAAUCAAAUCAAAUCACAUCACAUAAAUUCCGAAUUACAAAGCCGAAUUUUAAAUUUUUGUUGAGGGGACCCAUAUUUCAAGUUUCGAAGGGGGAUUCCGAUCAUCUUCUUGCUACUGCGUUCAUAUCCAAAUCAGUCCAAAUAAAGUUCAUAAUUCUAUCCAGUCUUAUCUUGCUGUUUCCACAUCUCAUCUUAUUUGUACAUUUUUUCUUUUUCUUUAUGAUCUCUUCUGAUAAUCUCCUUAAGCAGAUAAACACCAAUUAUAUCCUGUGUGGAUUUUUCCGUUUGACCAAUCCUCAUAUCGUGAUGGUUUCCAUAUAUCAUCACUUUCAUAAAUAACAUCCUUGUUCCUUUUGAAGUUCUUGCAGCUAGCGGCGCGGAUCAGAGACGGCGUCCAGGAGCGCCGAGAUCCACAGGGGGGCAUUCUGCCUAGUGCCCCCAUCCCCUCAAAUUUGGGGGUGGUAUAGGGCAUAGCAGGCACGGGCAGCCCCCCCAAUCCUGGGGGGGGGGGGUAGGGAGGCUAUUUACUCCCAUCCCAGCCUCCUAAUUACCCCCUGUGGGUCGGAGAGAUGUUAUUGUCAGCCAUCUUCCGAUGCGCCCCUAGUGGCCCCUCAAAAGCUAUUAUGAUUUCUCAUUGCAUUAUAGAUGGACAGAAGAGAGCCGAUUCUCUUUGGAAUGGCCCUUCCUACCGUACCUCCUCUUUGAUGUUUUGGAUGGCCAGGAAGAACAGGAGAGCAAGUAAGUUUUUCAUUUAUUUGCUUUGUGAAUUUGUAGUCGCACUUUUCAAAGUGGCUAGCAGGAGUAAAAUAAAGAAACAAAAUUUAAAAUCCCACAUAAAGCCAACACUGUUUUUAUUAAUUACAUUUGUUAGCUCCUUUUUACACAAACAAAUCUCAAAGCAACUUAACAGAUAAAAACAAUGAAAACUUAAAACACAAUGUGUAAUUUCAUACAUUUCUAUCAUGUCGCCUGUUUUCUAAAGUAAAAAGUCCCAAAUGCUGCCACCUUUCCUCAUAGGGGAGUCACUCCAUCCCCCUCAUCAUCCCCCUCAUCAAGCAAGCUUGUUUUCUCCUUCUCUGGAGGGUAGGACUCAAACCAAUGGCUUCAGGUUACAAUAAAGGAGACUCCAACUAUAUACCUGGAAGAACUUUAUGACAGUAAGAGCUGCUUGACAGUGAAAUGGACUCCCUCAGGUGACUGUGGACUCUCCUUCCUUGCAGGAUUUUAAGCAGAGGUUGGAUGGCCAUCUGUCAUGAGUGCUUUAGUUGGAAUUCCUGCAUUGCAGGGGGGUUGGACUAGAUUACCCUUGGGGUCCCUUCCAACUCUACAGUUCUUUGAGUGUAUGUCCCAAAAGAACCCUAAGAGAGAGAAUCUGUGAUAACUUUUAAAAUGAGGCACACAUCCAGAUACAAGGCCUUCAGCUCAUCCCUUUCUCCCUCCCCUUCUAUUUCUUUCUUGUUCAGUUCCUUCAUUAAUCUCCAGGAAGUUAAGCUGGUAAUAGAAUUAAUGAAGUUAAUUAAGAGCAAAAGAGAGACAUCAGCUUUCGCAACAUUGGGAUCAUCACCCCAUGCAGUGCUCAGAAAAGAAGGAUCCUGAGCCAGCUGGAGAAAGAAUUUGGAGAAAAUAGGUAAGAAUUUCACAAGCCUUGAAUGGCAUUAAAAUCCCUUUAACUGGGCCUCUUGAUUCAGCAGAGUGUCAGUCAAGUUACUGGAGGUGAAGUUUACUCUCAAUUGAAUCACGAUUAAGUUGUUGAAAUACUGCAUUCAGUGUGCAAUAGGCCCUCCAGAUGCUGCUGGACUUCAGCUCCCAUCAGUCCCAGGCAGUAUGGCCUGUUGGCAGCGAUGAUGCGGGAUACCGUCCAGCAUCAUCUGGAGGACCAUGGGUUUCUCAUUCCUGGUGUACAAAAGCACUGUAAGUAUCCCCCCUGUCUUCCUCCAAAAGUGAUGUCGCUUGUGAGGCCUUGCAUGCUGAUGAAGUACAUCCCAAGCAAAUGAGACUACGCUUGAGCGUAGUCAUCCCUUGUUAGCCUUAUCUCUCACUUCCCUGAACUUAUUAUUUAAUAAAACAAAAACUUCCCUCUGUUGUUUCCCUGUUGCUAAAAUGUGCGGUACAUUGUUGGUUCCCUGGGGCAGGGAUCUUCCUUAUUUGUUGAUGGUAGUCGGUAAAGCGUCUGUAUACUGAUAGCUCAGCACAAUAUCCCUGUGGGAUGUAAUCCAUUGGUGCAGUCAAAUGCAACAUUUCUUAUUUCCCUAGCGUGGGCACAGGCAGGGGGACAUCCAGUCAGGGUAACGUCCUCUUCCACUGGUGUGGAGCAUCCCUCCCCUGCAUGUGACCUAGGAGAUGGGCAUCGCUCUGGCUGACUCCAUAAAAGUGCCGAGUCAUGCGGCCAUUUUCUCAGUCUUGUUUGUCUUGCUUCACUUGCUUUCUAUUCUCUUGUUUAUCUUUUGCUGCCAUGCUGCUCUCCUCCAUCCAUUUUGUUGUCUUAAUGUAAUUUUGCUGUCUGCUGGCUCUCAGCCAGCAGCACAUGAGUUCAGUCUCCAUAUGAGAUGAACUCAGACUCUUUAUUGUGUAACUACCAAGUAAAGCCUGCCUUUCAGGGAUCAAAUGAACUGAAAUGUGAGUAAACAUUUUGUUACUUUACUCAGAAAGACUCUUGUGUCUUUAUUCUUUGAAGAGGGAUUAAAGGGGACACCAGGAAAGAUAAAGUCACUCAGAUUCGGGAAGAGGUAGACUCCACCGUGGCAGCAGGGCCGGGGCGGGAGAGUGCUAGAGUCCUGUCUAGUCAAGUUGCGUGGGAUCAAGUCCAAUCUGUUACCUCCGAGGAUGUGGACAGGCUGCUUAGACAAGUGAAACCAACCACCUGUCUCCUUGACAGCCCAUCCUGGCUCAUAAAAGCAAGCUGGGAAGUGCUGGGCUGGGAGAUGGGUGGUGAAUGCUUUCCUCUGUGAGGGAGCCUUCCCAGACCCACUGAAAGAGGCAAUUAUUAAACCGCUUCUUAAAAAAGCAUCUUUGGACCCAGCCCAUAUGGCCAACUAUUGCCCAGUCUCAAAACUUCCAUUCUUGGGCAAGGUGAUUGAGCGGGUGGCUGUGUUAGCAUUUCACUCCACCGUCGCUGCAUUUGAGAUUGUUGUAAAUCACAUGCCUGUCUGAGAAGACUAUGGGAACGGAAGACAUCCUUAUCUCUCUUUCGUUGUAUGUACCUUGGACUGUACUUUCACUUCUUCUGUUCUCUCGGAAAAGAACGGACACCAUUAUGCUGUAGUCUGUAUAUAGUGUGUAAAUAAAUCCCUAGGGCGUUUUCCUUCCCCCCCCCCAAUUUUUUUUAUUGGUUUUCACAAUAUUACAGUGGUGCCUCGCAAGACGAAAUUAAUCCGUUCCGCAAGAGUCUUCGUCUAGCGGUUUUUUCGUCUUGCGAAGCAAGCCCAUUGACGGAUUAGCGCUAUUAGCGCUAUCAGCUGUUUAGCGGCUAUUAAAGGCUUAAAGGCUUAGGGGAUUAGCUGCUAAAAGGCUAUUAAAGGCUAUUAAAGGCUUAGCAGAUUAGAUAAAGGGGGGGAAAAUCGAAAAAAAAAUCUCAAGACUCGCAAGGUAUUUUCGUCUUGCGAAGCAAGCCCAUAGGGGAAUUCGUCCUGCGAAGCAACUUCAAAACGGAAAACCCUUUCGUCUAGCGGUUUUUCCGUCUUGCGAGGCAUUCGUCUUGCGGGGCACCACUGUAUAAACAAACAAACACAACAAACAUAAAUCAUAGCCUUAUUGAAAAUUACACUUAUUAACUUUGUUAAGUGACUUCCUCGCUUCUCCUUGGUUGAAUUUCACUGCAUGUCCUUUUAACGGUUUUCCAAAUCCCAAUUCUUAUGAAAUUUAACUUCAACAUUAACAUCCUUAAAUCCUCACCUUAUGGAAUUAAACAUAUUAAUUCAUCACUUAACAUAAAUAAAAUCCUAAGCCAAUCAAGUAUCUGCAAGCUGUUUUCAGUUAAUUUAACUUAACAAAUUUAACUAGAUAAUCAUUAAAUUUAAUCCACUCUUCCUGAUACUCCUCCUCCUUCUGGUCGCAGACUCUUCCGGUUAGGUUGGCUAGCUCCGAAAAAUCCAUCAUCUUCAUCUGCCAUUCUUCUAUCAUUGGGUUUUCCACUUUUUAGCUAACAAAUUACGAGCAGCAGUUGUGGCAUACAAAAAUAAUUUAACAUCUUUCUUGGGCAAUUCCAAACCUGUUAUUCCAAGAAGAAAGGCCUCUGGUUUCUUUAUAAAUGUAUAUUUCAACAUUUUUUUCAAUUCAUUAUAAAUCUUUACCCAGAAGUCUUUCGCCUUGGGACAGGUCCACCACAUAUGAUAAAAGGUUCCUUUCUUUUCUUUACAUUUCCAACAUAUAUUGUCACAAUUAUGAUAUAUCUUUGCUAAUUUUACAGGAGUCAAAUACCAUCUAUACAUCAUUUUCAUUAUAUUUUCCUUUAACAGAGUACAUGCGGUGAACUUGACCCCUUUCUUCCACAAUCUUUCCCAGUCCUCAAACAUUAUAUUAUUUUCUUCAUCUCUUGCCCAAUCUAUCACCAUAGAUUUAACUUGUUCAUCUUUUGUGUGCCACUCCAACAAUAGCUUGUACAUUUUAGAUAAAUUUUUAUCUUUAGUAUCCAACAACUCGGUCUCCAACUUAGAUUUUUCAUAAGCAAAACCAUUUUUCUUAUCCAAUUUAUACAAUUCGUUGAUCUGGUGGUAAUGUAACCAGUUUAGCUUAUCUUUAACUUGAUCAAAUGGUUUUAAUUUGUAACCUCCUUCUUCUUCUAUUAAUAAAUCAUAAUAUCUCAACCAUUUGGUGUCCAUAUUUAGUUUUUUCUGGGCCUUUGCCUUCAUUGGUGAAAGCCAUCUGGGCGUCUUUCUUUCUAAGAGUUCUUUAUAUUUUAUACAAACAUUAUACAACGAUUUCCUAAUUGCAUGGUUUUUAAAUGCAUUAUGGGCCUUUACCUUGUCAUACCAUAAAUAUGCAUGCCAACCGAACACAUUGUUGAAUCCCUCCAAAUCUAAUAGAUCUGUGUCUUCUGGUUGCAUCCAUUCUUUAAUCCAGCAAAGUGCAGCAGCUUCAAAAUAGAUUUUUAAAUUUGGCGGGGAAAAUCCCCCUCUUUCUUUAGAAUCCGUAACUAAUUUAUAUUUAAUUCUGGGUUUCCUCCCCUGCCAGAUAAAUCUAGAGAGUGCUUUCUGCCAUUCUUUAAAGCAUUUCGCAUUAUCUAUAAUUGGGAGGGCUUGAAACAGGAAGAGCAUCUUUGGCAGCACAUUCAUCUUAAUCACAGAAAUCCGGCCCAUUAAUGACAAUUUUAAAUUUGACCAUAUCUCCAAAUCUCUCUUAAUUUCAUUCCAUAAUUUCUCAUAAUUAUCUUUGUACAAGUUCAGAUUUUUCCCAGACAGGUUCACGCCCAAAUAUUUAACUUUUUUCUCAAAAUCUAGGCCCGUUUUGUCUUGUAAUAGUUUUCUUUCUUCAUUAUCCAGAUUUUUCUCAAUUACUUUGGUCUUGCUCUUGUUUAAUUUAAAUCCUGCUACCUGACCAAACUCUUGUAUCAGCUCCAGUGCUUUGACUGCACUGGGAUCUGGAUCUUGUAAUGUCAGAACUAGAUCAUCAGCAAAGGCUUUUAAUUUAUAUUGUUUCGAACCUACUGUAAUACCUUUGACUUGUUCAUCUUUUCUAAUCAUAGACCUCCAGGACUGAAAUAAACAGCAGAGGGGAAAGUGGGCACCCUUGUCUGGUUCCUUUCUCAAUUCUAAUUUCCUCUGAAACCACAUUAUUUACAAUAAUUUUGGCUUUUUGUUCUAGAUAGAUCGCUUUAAUACCAUUUAAAAAAUCAUGACCUAUCCCCAUACUCUCUAAAUUAUGUAACAUAAAACUCCAAGAAACAUUGUCAAAGGCUUUCUCUGCAUCAAUAAACAUUAACAUUGCUUUACAACUCUUUCUUGCUUCUAACUUUUCCAAAAUAUCUACAACAUUUCUAAUGUUGUCUUUCAUAUGUCUUCCAGGCAGAAAUCCUGCCUGGUCUUUAUGAAUAUACUCAGAUAAAACCUUCUUUAGCCUUUUGGCCAGUAUGUUUGCAAAAAUUUUAUAAUCCACAUUGAGUAGGGAGAUUGGUCUGUAGUUUUUAACAUUGGAUCUAUCUUGACCCUGUUUAGGAAUCAGAGUAAUAUAAGCUUGCUUCCAGGUUUCAGGUGCUUUGCCCCCUCCCAAAAUCGAAUUAGAUACUUCUACCAGAGGUUGAAUGAGCCAGUCUUUCAAUGUCUUAUAAUAUUUCGCUGAUAGACCAUCAGGUCCUGGUGUCUUGCCAAGUUGCAUUGAAUUUAUUGCCUGUUCCACUUCCUGGUUUGUAAUUAAACCUUUUAGUAGAUUCUUUUUAUCCUCUGGAAUCUGUUGCAACCCAUUAGUCUUUAUAAAUUGCUCGAUUUUCCCUAUAUCUUCUUUAUCCUUUUUAUACAGUUGUUUAUAAUAUUUGUAAAAGCAUUUUCUAAUGUCUGCAGGGUUCUCUACAGAUUUUCCUUCUGCAUCAAUGUUUGUAAUAGUACUUUGUUUUUGUCUCUUCUUUAGUUGCCAGGCUAAUAAUUUUCCACAUUUAUUUGCAGAUUCAAAAUUUCUUUGUCUCAUCCUUCUUAUCUUCCAUUCAAUUUCUUGAUUUACUAACUGUGAAUAUUGAACCUGUAGGGCUUUAAUUUCUUUUUGGUUCUGCAAAUUCUUUGGGUUUCCUCUAAGCUUCUUCUCUCUAUUGUUUAGUUGUUCCAUAAUUUUAUCUUUUGUCUCAUUCUGUGACUUUCUCCUAAUUGUGUUUUGUUGUAUCAGAAACCCUCUCAUUACCGCUUUGCUGGCCUCCCAAAUAAUCCUUAUUUCCGUUCCUUGAUUCAUAUUAAGUUCAAAAUAAUCCUUUAGGGUUUUUUGGGCCUUAUUAACAAUUAAUGAACUUCUCAACAGAUCAUCAUUCAGUUGCCAUCUGAAGGAGCCUCCCCAGGGCGUUUUCCAACAGGUUGCAGAACAACUCCAGGCAAGCCUGGAGGAUGCGGACCAUUUGGAUCCCUUCCAUUUGCGAUUCAGGCUUCAUCAUGGGACUGAAACUGCCUUGGUCGUGCUGGUUGAUGAUCUCCGGCGGGCUAGGGACAGAGGUGAAAGCUGUUUCCUAGUUCUGCUGGAUCUCUCAGCGGCCUUUGACACCAUCGACCACGACAUCCUUCUGGACCGUCUAGAGGGCCUGGGAGCUGGGGGCACUGUUAGACAGUGAUUCUUCUCCUUCCUCCUGGGCCGUGUUCAGAAAGUGGAGUUAGGGGAUGGAUGUUCGGACCCCUGGGCUCUCACUUGUGGGGUGCCUCAGGGUUCCGUCCUCUCCCCCAUGUUUUCUAACAUCUAUCUGAAGCCUCUGGGAGAGAUCAUCAGGGGGUUUGGGCUAUGUGUUCAUCAGUAUGCGAAUGUUACCCAGCUCUACCUCUCUUCCAGAUCAGAACCAGUGAAGGCAGUGAAGGUCUUGGGUGAGUGUCUGGAGGUGGUUGCAGGAUGGGUGGCGGCUAACAGAUUGAGGCUGAAUCCUGACAAGACAGAAGUACUGUUUUGGGGGGACAGGGGGCAGGUGGGUGUGGAGGACUGCGUGGUUCUGAAUGGGGCAACUGUGCCCCUGAAGGACCAGAUGCACAGCCUGGGAGUCAUUUUGAACUCACAGCUGUCCAUGGAGGCGCAGGUCAAUUCUGUGUCCAGGGCGGCUGUCUACCAACUCCACCUGGUACGCAGGCUGAGACCCUACCUGCCCGCGGACUGUCUCGCCAGAGUGGUGCAUGCUCUAGUUAUCUCCCGCUUGAACUAUUGCAAUGUGCUCUACAUGGGGCUACCUUUGUUUUUUGUUUUAAAAAAAAUAAUAUUUAUUACUUUUCCAACAAUUUAAACACUAUAAAAAAAAUGAACAAUACAAUACAAUACAAAAACACUACAUAACACUAACACAUUAAACUAACAAAACAAAACAAAAACAGUUUAGAACACAUCAAACAAUUUCAAUAUCUUAUCUUUCAUUCACUUAUUUCAACGACCUCCUCAUACCUCCCUUUUUGUAUUCCACUUCUAUUAAUUGUUUCAGCAAUUCCUUUCCAUCUUCCUCUGUUUUCUAUCCUAUAAUUAUCUUAACACAUUCUAACCUUAUUUUUCCCUUUAAUACUCUAUUAAUCUAUUUGUACUUAAUUCCUUAUAACAUUUCUACUAAAGCCAUAUAACUUCAUUCCAACAUAUAACAACAUUCCUCUUUGUUUUUGUCUUAAUCCUUUAACUUAAUAUAUUAUAACUUUGGAUUCUCAUCUGUUAACAAUCCAUUUUUAUGUACACCUUUAUAACAUGGCUGCUAAGACCACUUAAUUUCAUUCUGACAUCAUUCUAACAUUCAUUAAUUUUGCAAUAUUUUUGUAAAUAGUCUUUAAAUUUCUUCCAAUCUUCUUCCACCGACUCUUCUCCCUGGUCUCGGAUUCUGCCAGUCAUUUCCACCAGUUCCAUGUAGUCCAUCACCUUCAUCUGCCAUUCUUCCAGACUGGGUAAAUCUUGUGUCUUCCAAUACUUUGCAAUAAGUAUUCUUGCUGCUGUUGUGGCAUACAUAAAGAAAAUUUUGUCCUUCUUUGGCACCAAUUGGCCGACCAUGCCCAGGAGAACGGCCUCUGGUUUCUUCAAGAAGGUAUAUUUAUAUACCUUUUUCAUUUCAUUAUAGAUCAUCUCUCAGAAAGCCUUAAAUCUUGGGCAAGUCCACCAAAGGUGAAAGAAUGUACCUUCAGUCUCUUUACAUUUCCAACAUUUAUUAUCGGGCAAAUUAUAGAUUUUUGCAAGCUUGACUGGUGUCAUGUACCACCUGUAUAUCAUUUUCAUAAUAUUCUCUCUUAAGGCAUUACACACCAUAAACUUCAUACCUGUGGUCCAUAACUGUUCCCAGUCAGCCAUCAUUAUGUUAUGUCCAACAUCUUGUGCCCACUUAAUCAUAGCAGAUUUCACCGUUUCAUCCUGAGUAUUCCAUUUCAACAGCAAGUUAUACAUCUUUGACAAAAUCUUAGUUUUGGGUUCUAACAGUUCUGUUUCUAAUUUUGAUUUUUCCACCUGGAAGCCUAUUUUCUUGUCCAAAUUGUAUGCCUCCAUUAUCUGAUAAUAAUGAAGCCAAUCUCGCACUUUGUUUUUUAGUUUCUCAAAACUCUGCAGUUUCAAUCUAUCUCCCUCUUGUUCCAGAAUUUCCCAAUAUUUCGGCCAUUUGGCCUCCAUAUUGAGCUUUUUCAGAGCUUUCGCUUCCAUCGGUGACAGCCACCUUGGGGUUUUAUUUUCCAGUAGGUCUUUAUAUCUUAUCCAGACAUUAAACAAUGCUUUCCUGACAAUAUGAUUUUUAAAUGCUUUAUGUGCUUUGACCUUAUCAUACCACAAAUAUGCAUGCCAUCCAAAUACAUUAUUAAAACCUUCUAAGUCCAAAAUGUCUGUGUUUUCAAGAAGCAGCCAUUCUUUCAGCCAGCAAAAAGCUGCUGAUUCAUAAUAAAGUUUAAGGUCUGGCAGGGCAAAUCCACCUCUUUCCUUUGCAUCCGUUAGUAUUUUAAAUUUUAUGCUAGGCUUCUUGCCCUGCCAGACAAAUCUAGAAAUAUCUCUCUGCCACUUCUUGAAGCAAUCCAUUUUGUCCAAAAUUUGCAAUGUUUGAAAGAGAAAUAACAUUCUAGGCAAUACAUUCAUUUUUAUCGCAGCUAUACGGCCUAGCAGUGAAAGCUUCAAAUUUGACCAAAUUUCUAAGUCUUUUUUCACUUCAGCCCAGCAUUUUUCAUAGUUGUCUUUAAAUAGAUUCCCAUUUUUAGCUGUCAUGUUAAUCCCCAGGUAUUUCACUUUCUUAACCACUGUUAAACCUGUCUCAUUCUGAAACCUCUCUCUCUCAAUCGCAGUUAAGUUUUUCUCUAAGACCUUUGUUUUUAACUUAUUCAAUUUAAAUCCUGCAACCUGACCAAAUUCUUGAAUCAAUUCCAAAACCCUUUUAGUACUAGAUUCUGGCUCCUGUAAUGUCAAUACUAAGUCAUCUGCAAAUGCUCUCAAUUUGAACUGUUUAGCUCCGACUUGUAUACCUUUAACCAAUUGGUCCCUUCUAAUCAUGUUCAGCAGGACCUCCAGGACCGAUAUAAAAGCAAUGGGGAGAUUGGGCAACCUUGUCGUGUCCCUUUUUCUAUCUUAAAUUCCUCCGUCACCACGUUAUUUACAAUUAAUUUAGCCUUUUGUUCUGAAUAAAUUGCACUUAUACUGUUUUCAAAGCCUUGGCCUACCCCCAUCCCCUGUAUGUUCUUUUUCAUAAAACUCCAAGAAAUAUUGUCAAAGGCUUUCUCCGCGUCCACAAAUAUCAAAACUGCCUUGGUAUUUAUAUUCACUUGUAGCUUUUCUAAAAUAUUGAUUAUGUUUCUCACAUUGUCAGACAAAUGUCUACCCGGGAGAAAGCCUGCUUGAUCUUUAUGUAUCUCUUCCAUUAGGACUCUUUUUAGUCUUUUAGCCAAAAUGUCUGCAAAGAUUUUAUAAUCCACAUUGAGCAGUGAUAUGGGGCGGUAGUUCUUAAGCUGGGUCUUUUCAGUCUCUAUUUUCGGUACAAGUGUAAUAUACGCUUCUUUCCACGACUCUGGUGCCCUUUUCUCACCCAUUAUUUCGUUACAGACUUCCUUUAAAGGUUGUACUAGCCAUUCUUUCAAGGAUCUGUAGUAUCUAGAAGUCAGUCCAUCCGGUCCUGGAGAUUUACCUAGUUGCAUAUUCUGAAUGGCACCUUCUACCUCCUGUUCAGUUAUUUUAUAGUUCAGCAUUAAUUUAUUUACUUGAGAGAUUUUUUGUAAUCCAUUUGUUUUCAAAAAUCGGUCUACAUCAAUUUCUUUCUGUGGCCCUUGUGUAUAUAGUUGUUUAAAGUACCUCUGGAAUCAAUUUCUAAUCUCAACUGGGUUCUGUAUAUUCCUUCCUUCCACUUCUAAAUUUGUGACAGUAUUUAGUUUUUGUCUUUUUUUCAUUUGCCAAGCCAACAAUUUCCCACAUUUAUUAGCCGACUCAAAUGUCUUUUGUCUCAUUUGUUUAAUUUUCCAUUCUAUCUCCUGAUUCAUCAUUUUCAUGUAUUGUACUUGAUGUAACUUUAUUUCUCUCAAAAUCUCUUGCGACUUUGGUUUUGCUCUCAAUUUCUUUUCACUUUCCUUUAUUUUCUCCAAUAUUUUAUCCUUCUUCUCAUUUUGGAUUCUCUUCUUUAAUGCAUUCUGUUGUAUCAAGAACCCUCUUAUAACAGCUUUGCUUGCGUCCCAGAUUACUCUUUUCAACAUUGGUGUUCAUAUUUAUCUCAAAAUAGUCUCUCAAGGUUUUUUGGGCCUUCUUAAUCACUUCUUCAUCUCUAAAUAAGGUAUCAUUCAUCCUCCAUCUGAAGGAACCGGUUGGUGUUAGUUUCAUCUCCAUCUUAACAGCAUUAUGGUCGGAGCAGGUUUUCGGGCAGAUUUCCGCUUUUCUUGUCUUUGGUGCCAUUCCUCUAGUUACCCAUAUUUGGUCAAUUCUUGUCCAUGUCAGUUUGGCUUCAGAGAAGAAGGUUCCCUCUCUGGCCAAGGGAUUCUUUGUUCUCCAAAUAUCAACUAAGUCCAAGUUGUCUGUCAUCUCAAAAAAUGUUUUCGGUAGUCUACCAUCCUUAGUGACUACCUGUCUUUGUGCCUUGUCCAUAUGUGUAGAUACCACUCCGAUCAUAUCUCCCAUCAAAAUCACAUUAUAGUCCAAAUAGUCCAUCAAGGUCUCAUGCAACUUUUUAAAGAAUUCAGAUUUCCCCUCAUUUGGUGCAUAAACUCCUACUAUUAAGAAUUUCUCUCCUUGUAUUUGAAUUUCAAUUGCCACAAAUCUUCCUUGGUCAUCUUUGAAGAUAAAUUUCGGUAAUAGUCUCUCCUUUGCAUAAAUCACUACUCCUCUUUUUUUAACUUUAUCCGAGGAAAUAAAUUCCUGGCCCAGUCUUUUAUUGAUCAAUACUUUCCUGUGUAGCCUUGUUACAUGUGUUUCCUGUAAACCAAUCAAGUCCAAUUGUUCCUUUUUUAAUAAAUGAAACACAGAUUUCCUUUUCUGAGGGGAGUUGAGACCAUUACAAUUCCAGCUUAAUAGUUGCAGAGCCAUGAUGUAGUUACUUUACUUCUCCUCCAACUGCACCAAGUGCCUGUUCCUGUUCUGUCGGUGGUAUCACCUUAUCCAGGCGGUCUUUUAAUUCAAAAGGUAAUCUUGGUAUGUCUAAAAUUCCUCUUUCUAGUAUUCUUGACUCUUCUCCAGCUUCUUUCUGCAGGUCUUCUCCAUGGUCUCUCAAAAAUCUUUCUUUGUCUUCCUCUGAUCUUAUUUUUAUCUUUCUUCCUUUGAAGCUAAAGGAAAGGCCUUGGGGGAAUUCCCACCUAAAGAUGAUUUUGUUGCUUCUCAGCAGGGCAACCAGAUCUCUAUAAUUGGACCUAAGGUCCAAAAGAUAUUUCGGAAUGUCCUUAAAUAUCUCCACCUUUGACUGAUGUAUUUCCAAAGUCUUCUGGAAGUGCAGACUCAAGAUUUUGUCUCUCUCCUCUUUUGUUCGGAGGGUGAUCAAACAGUCUCUCACCCUGUUCUUCUUCCCUCCUCUUCCAAGCCUGAAAGCACUCACUAUCUUAAAGUUAUCCUUCUCCAAAUCUGGGUUCCAAAAGUCUGCAAAUUCCUGCGUAAGAAAGUCAGUCAAGUUGUCUUUCUCAAGUUCAGGUACGGCCCUGAUCCUCAAAUUCGUUUGCUUCUCCUUCAAUUCAAUCAUAGACAAUAUUGACCUGUGGUCUUCAAGUUGCUUGUGUAUCGGUGGUAUCUUCUCUUCUACAGCAACUGCUAUUUCCUUUGCUUCUUCAGCUGUCUUUCGGGUCAAAAUAGAUUCCUGUAGCAAUUUCUCAAUAGUUUCUGUGUUAGUAUUUACCUUCUAUCCCAAAUUGUUGAUACUUGUGGUAUUUUGAUCAAUUUUAACUGAUGCUUCAGCUACUUGUUUACUUAGUUUUUCCAGAGAUUCAUUAAUUUUACCUAGUGCCUGAGCUAAAACAUCUUCGGAUGCCAUUCCUUUAGGUUUAGAUUGUGCCAAUGCAGCCCCUGUUGGUAAGCCAGAAGGGCCAGAUGUUGAUGCUCUUUGCUGCAGCCCAACGUUUGGGCGAAAUGAUCUACCAGACCUCGUUGUUUUUGCCUGAAGCAAAUCUAUUUUCUCUUUUCCAUUUGCCAUAACACUCUAGAUAAGGCCCAAGGUCAAUCCCACGACCAGAAUUUGUUUUGAAGUGGAAAAUUCCCCUGGCCCAGUUGUUAUUGUAACAGUUUCAAACUUCCUCUAGGGGGACACAGUAGCAGUCCGAAGUUGUUACCUUAAAAAAAAUAACCUUUUUUCUUUUAAUCCCCCAGUUCACAAAAUAGACGACAGUUUCAAUUUUCAGUUAUUUUCCAGUUACUUUGAAACCAGAAGAAUCAUAGAAUCAUAGAGUUGGAAGAGACCACAAGGGCCAUCGAGUCCAACCCCCUGCCAAGCAGGAAACACCAUCAGAGCACUCCUGACAUAUGGUUGUCAAGCCUCUGCUUAAAGACCUCCAAAGAAGGAGACUCCACCACACUCCUUGGCAGCAAAUUCCACUGUCGAACAGCUCUUACUGUCAGGAAGUUCUUCCUAAUGUUUAGGUGGAAUCUUCUUUCUUGUAGUUUAGAAGCCAGCCAGAAAUAUUGUAUCCCACUUGUAUCUCACUUGCAGAGUUAUCUGUCAAAAAGUACUUUCACCAACAGCGCAUUUCACAGUACGGCAUUCUUAUUGUUCAUUGGCAGUCCGUUCCCAGGUUUUAAGCGGUGGAUUUUAGCUUCCUUUUCUCUCUUUUUACAGGGAAAUACAGUUCACACCUUUCCCCCCUCCUCUCCUGCAGUCAAGGGGGGAAAUCGCUUGUUUUGAUGAUAGAAUUAGUCCUUUUCAAGCGUCUUUCAAGGUUUUAGCUUACAAGUUCAUUGCUUUACUCUAUUUACAAAGAACGGAAGGCAGACUUCCUGUUUAUGCCUCUCCGCUUCGGUAUCGAAUUACUUCUUUAUUCUUUGUUCUCCUUUAUUUCCCAAAUUAGCCUACUCACGGAUAGUUGUUUUGUAGUCAAAUUGUCACAGGAAAAAGGUAGCGCUCUCCGGUAACGGCUGUGCGGCUUCGCUCCACGGAAGAAGCAGUUGACUCACAGCACCGCGCCGCUUCCCCGCUUCACUCCGGAGCCCGUAAUCGGACUCCUUUGCAGAUUGGGGGGGCGCAAAAGGUGCCCGCCGAGUCCCAUGGUCACAGGCUUCACCCGCCUGUGAUUUUUUCAAGGGUCCCCGCUUCGCCGUAGCGGAACAGACCCGAUUUCCGUAGAGCUGGUCCCUCCAGAUCAGAGGGAGUCCGCCAUUACCGAUGGCGCCACCCCGGAAGUCUAGGAAGUCCAAAAUGUCUGUGUUUUCAAGAAGCAGCCAUUCUCUCAGCCAACAAAAAACAGCUGAUUCAUAAUAAAGUUUAAGGUCUGGCAGGGCAAAUCCACCUCUUUCUUUGGCAUCAGUUAAUAUCUUAAAUUUUAUUCGAGGCUUCUUGCCCUGCCAAACAAAUCUGGAAAUAUCUUUCUGCCACUUCUUGAAACAAUCCAUCUUAUCCAAAAUUUGCAAUGUUUGAAACAAAAACAACAUCCUUGGCAACACAUUCAUUUUUAUCACAGCAAUUCGGCCUAACAAUGAUAACUUCAAAUUUGUCCAUAUUUCUAAAUCCUUUUUCACUUCAAUCCAACAUUUUUCAUAAUUAUCCUUAAAUAAAUUCACAUUUUUGGCAGUCAUGUUAACCCCUAAAUAUUUCACUUUCUUAACUAAUGUUAGUCCUGUCUCCUCCUGAAACUUCUCUCUCUCAUUCACAGUUAAGUUUUUUCUCUAAAACCUUAGUUUUCAUCUUGUUCAACUUAAAACCUGCUACCUGUCCGAAUUCUUGAAUCAGUUCCAAUACCCUUUUAGUACUAGAUUCUGGCUCCUGUAAAGUCAAUACUAAGUCAUCAGCAAAUGCUUUCAAUUUGUACUGUUUAGCUCCCACUUGUAUACCUUUAACCUCUUGGUCCUUUCUAAUCAUAUUUAAUAAAACCUCAAGGACCGAUAUAAAAAGCAAUGGAGAAAUUGGGCAACCUUGUCGUGUCCCUUUCUCAAUCUUAAACUCUUCUGUCACUACAUUAUUCACAAUUAAUUUUGCCUUUUGUUCUGAAUAAAUUGCACCUAUACCAUUUUCAAAACCUUGACCUACCCCCAUCCCCUGUAGAUUCUUCUUCAUAAAACUCCAAGAAAUGUUGUCAAAGGCUUUCUCUGCAUCCACAAAUAUCAAGACUGCCUUAGUAUUGAUAUUCACUUGUAGUUUUUCUAGAAUAUUAAUUAUAUUCCUCAUAUUAUCAGACAAAUGUCUGCCCGGGAGAAAGCCCGCUUGGUCUUUAUGAAUUUCUUCCACUAACACCUUUUUUAAUCUUUUAGCCAAAAUAUCUGUAAAAAUUUUGUAAUCCACAUUAAGCAGCGAUAUGGGGCGGUAGUUCUUGAGCUGUGUCUUUUCAAUCUCUGUUUUCGGUAUAAGUGUAAUGUAAGCUUCCUUCCACGACUCUGGUGCCUUUCUCCCUUCCAAUAUUUCAUUGCAGACUUCCUUCAAUGGUUGUAUUAACCAUUCUUUCAAAGAUCUGUAAUAUCUUGAAGUCAAACCAUCUGGUCCUGGAGAUUUACCUAAUUGCAUGUUCUGGAUGGCCCCUUCCACCUCCUGAUCCGUUAUUUUGUGAUUCAACAUUAGCUGUUUUUCCUGAGAGAUUUUGUAUAGUCCAUUUGUUUUCAAAAAUCGAUCAAUGUCCAUUUCUUUCUGCUUCUCCUGUGUAUAAGGUUGUCUGAAAUACCUCUGAAAACACUUCCUGAUCUCCACUGGGUUCUGUAUAUUCUUUCCUUCCACUUCCAAAUUCGUAAUAGUAUUAAGUUUUUGUCUUUUUUUCAUUUGCCAGGCCAACAAUUUUCCACACUUAUUUGCCGAUUCAAAUGUCUUUUGCCUCAUCUGUUUAAUCUUCCAUUCUCUUUCCUGAUUCAUCAGCUUCGUAUAUUGUACUUGGUAUAACUUUAUCUCUUUCAGGAUCUCCUGUGACUUUGGUUUUGCUCUCAGUUUCUUCUCUCCUUCCUUUAUUUCCCCCAGGAUUUUGUCCUUUUUUUCAUUCUGAGUUCUCUUCUUAAUUGCAUUCUGUUGUAUUAGGAAUCCUCUCAUAACCGCUUUGCUUGCGUCCCAAAUUACUCUUUUUUCCACUGUAGUAUUCAUGUUUAUCUCGAAAUAGUCUUUUAGAGUUUUUGGGGCCUUCUUGGUCACCUCUUCAUUCCUAAACAAAGUAUCGUUCAUCCUCCAUCUAAAGGAACCAAUUGGAGUCAAUUUCAUUUCCAUCUUAACAGCAUUAUGGUCAGAACAAGUUUUGGGGCAAAUCUCCACUUUGCUGAUCUUGGAGCCAAUCCCUGGUUACCCAGAUUUGGUCAAUUCUUGUCCAUGUCAUUUUAGCCUCAGAGAAGAAAGUUCCCUCUCUUCCCAGAGGGUUCUUCAUUCUCCAAAUGUCAACUAAAUCCAUAUUUUCAGUCAUGUCAAAAAAAGUUUUUGGUAGUCUACCAUCUUUGGUGACUACCUGUCUCUGUGCCUUGUCCAUAUUUGUAGACACCACUCCAUUCAUAUCUCCUGUCAAGAUCAUAUUAUAGUCCAUGUAGUCCAUCAGAGUCUCGUGUAGCUUCUUAAAGAACUCUGAUUUUCCUUCAUACAUGGGGCUACCUUUGAAGGUGACCCAGAAACUGCAAUUAAUCCAGAAUGCGGCAGCUAGACUGGUGACUGGGAGUGGCCGCCAGGAGCAUAUAACACCAGUCUUUUUUUCUUUCUUUUUUUUUGAAUUUUUUUUAUUAACAAUUUCAACAUAGCAAAUUAUCUAAGCAAAUCAUCUUGGACACGGGGACUUGUAAUUUGUAAAAAGAUGUUGACAAAUGUUUAUUUAAAUAAAGUUCUAUUUAUCCCUUGUGAAAAAAAAAACAAAAAAAAACAAAUCAUCUUCCUUAUUCCCCCCCCAUUUUUCCCCUCCCACCUCCCCAACAAACCCUCCCUCCCUCCCCCCUACGACUUCCCUCAGCUCCUCUCUGAUUUCUCAUCCAGUGUUAACUUUCGCAUAUUAUAAAACUGUAUACAUCCUUAUAUUAUCUAUCUUCUAUGUUAUCCCUCAAUAAAUUUGUGUAUGUUUAUUCAAAACCUGCCAGGGAGUCCAAUUCAUUUUGUUGUUUUUUUAGGUAAUUUGUAAAAGGUUCCCAUUCUUCUUUGAGGUCACAGUUGUCCUUGUCUCGUAGUUUGCAUGUCAAUUUCGCCAGUUCUGCAUAGUUCAUCAGUUUCUCUUGCCACUGUUCUUUUGUCAGGAUUUCCUCAUUCUUCCAUCCUUGUGCAAUCAAGACUCUUGCCGCUGUUGUCACAUACAUAAAUAAGUUAUUUCUUUUCCUUGGCAGGUCUUUCCCUACAAUCCUUAACAAAAGUGCUUCUGGUUUUUUUACAAAUGUUAAUUUAAGCAUUUUCUUCAACUCAUUAUAUAUCAUUUCCCAAAAUUUUUAAUUUCUCUACAUUCCCACCGCAUUUGGUAAAAGUCCCUUCUAUUUCUUUACACUUCCAGCAUACAUUUGACCCGGUUUUAUACAUUCCUGCAAUCUGUACUGGUGUUAUAUACCAUCUAUACAUCACUUUCAUAUAAUUUUCUUUCAAAAGAGAACAGUCUGUAAAUUUUAAAUCUAUUCUCCACAAUUUAACCCAAUCUUCAAAUUGUAUAUUAUGUCCUAUAUCUUGUGCCCAUUUGAUCAUGACCGAUUUCACCUCAUCUUUUGUUUCCCAUUCUAGCAGAAUACUAUAUGCACCGUUCAGCAACUUCACUUUUCCUUCUAUCACUUCCUUUUGAAAUCUAGAAGUAGUAUAACUAAAUCCUUUCUUGUUGUCUUCUUUGUAUAUCUUGUGUAAUUGCUUGUAACGUAACCAACUCUGAAAAUGAUCUUUUAUUUCAUCAUACUCUUUUAGCUUCCAUUUUCCUUCUCGGUCCUUUAGUAAAUCACUGUAUGUAAGCCAUUUUCCUUUUUACCAAGUGGCUUGAGCAGCAAAGCUUCAAGUGGUGAGAGCCACCAAGGUGUCUUUUGUUCUAUUAAAUCUUUAUAUCUCUCCCAAACCCUCAUUAAUGAUUUCCUAAUUAUAUGAUUAUAAAAUCCUUUAUGUACUUUUCCUUUCCCAUACCAUAGAUAUGCAUGCCAUCCAAAUCUAUUAUCAUGACCUUCCAAAUCCAAUGCUUCUUCCUUUCCAGCUUUAUCCAGUCCCUAAUCCAUACCAAACAUGCAGCCUCAUAAUACAAUUUAAGGUAUGGGAGGGCAGGCCAAACCGCCUCUUUCUUUUGUAUCUGUAAGUAACUUAUACUUUAUCCUUGGCCUUUUGCGCCCCCCCCCCCCCGAUAAACUUUGAAAUUUCCUUCUGCCAUUUUUUAAGGCAAUCAUCUUUUACCAUUACUGGGACUGACUGGAACAGAAAUAGCAUUUUUGGCAAAACAUUCAUUUUUACCGCUACUAUUUUUCCUAGCAGGGAGAGGUUCAUUCUGCUCCAUAAUUCUAAAUUUCUUUUUAUCUCGAGCCACACUUUUUCAUAAUUAUCUUUGUAAAUAUUUAUGUUUCUUGAUGUUAACCAUAUCCCUAAAUAUUUGACCCUUUUAUGGACUUCUAUCUCGAUAUUUUGCUCCAACUCUUUUUUCUCUUCUUCCUCCAAACUUUUGACUAAUAAUUUAGUUUUAUUCCUAUUUACUUUAAAUCCUGCCACUUCCCCAAAUUUUGAAUCUUUUCUAUAACUCCAGGGAGAGAUUUUUUUGGACAUAUAACACCAGUCUUGAAAGACCUACAUUGGCUCCCAAUAUGUUUCCAAUCACAAUUCAAAGUGUUGGUGUUGACCUUUAAAGCCCUAAAUGGCCGUGGCCCAGUAUACCUGAAGGAGCAUCUCCACCCCCAUCGUUCAGCCCAGACACUGAGGUCCAGCUGCGAGGGCCUUCUGCUGGUUCCCUCACUGCAAGAUGUGAGGUUACAGGGAACCAGGCAGAGGGCCUUCUCAGUGGUGGCACCUGCCCUGUGGAAUGCCCUCCCAUCAGAUGUCAAGGAAAUAAACAACUAUCUGACUUUUAGAAGACAUUUGAAGGCAGCCCUGUUUAGGGAAGUUUUUAAUGUUUGAUGUUUUAUUCUGUUUUUAAUCUGUUGGGAGCUGCCCAGAGUGGUGCCCAUAAUAAUCAAAUGCGACCCCGCAGAAACCAGGCUCCCUGGUUUACUGAGGAGCUCCGGAAAAUGAAGCGGGACCUCAGACGGCUAGAGCGAGUAAUGGCAGGGUGCCCGCGACGGAGCCUCAAGAACAUCUUAUAGGGUUUUUAUGAAAACCUACGAGAUGGCAGUGAAGGCCGCUAAGAAGUCUUACUUCUCGGCCUCCGUUGCAUCCGCUAGCUCUCGCCCGGCGCAAUUAUUUAGUAUAAUUAGGUCUUUAACGUCCCUCGAGGGACAGCCAAAUUUAAAUAACAAUUUGACACACAGCUGUGAGGCAUUUGCAAGCUUUUUUGCGGAGAAGGUCCUGUUGCUCCACUGUGACCUCCCUGCCAAUUUGGAUACAAUAACGGAACUGGAGGCCCCUCGACUGUCCUCGGGUCCAGUACUGGACCACUUUGACCGGAUAUCCCCAGCCAAUGUGGACAGACUCCUCCGAGCUGGAAAGCCCACCACCUGUCCUCUUGACCCGUGCCCGUCUUGGCUGAUUAGAGCGUGUCCAGACGAGGUGCGGACCCCCCUGGGGGGUAUCAUCAAUUUGUCCCUUGGCACCAGGACGUUCCCAGGGGAACUGAAGGAGGCAGUGGUGCGUCCGCUCUUAAAGAAAACAUCAUUAGAUCCCUUAGAUCUAUCCAAUUACCGCCCGGUUUUGAAUCUUCCAUUCCUGGGUAAGGUGAUUGAGAGAGCGGUUGCUGAACAGCUUGGUGGGUUUCUGGAUGAAACAUCGGCUUUGGAUCCAUUCCAGUCCGGCUUCCGCGCUGGUCAUGGGACCGAGACGGCUCUGGUCGCCCUAACAGAUGAUCUCCGCAGGCAGCUGGAUCGAGGUGGGUCGGGGCUGCUGAUUCUUCUAGACCUGUCAGCAGCUUUCGACAUGGUUGAUCACGAACUUCUGGACCACCACCUUACCGACGUGGGGAUCCAGGGCACAGUCCUUCAGUGGCUGCGCUCGUUUCUCUCUGGUCGGGGACAGAAGGUGGCGCUUGGGGGGAAUUGUCAUCGCGCCACUCCUUGCUGUGUGGAGUGCCUCAGGGUGCGAUACUCUCCCCGAUGCUUUUCAACAUCUUUAUGCGCCCCCUCGCCCAACUUGUCCGGAGUUUUGGGCUGGGCUGCCAUCAGUAUGCUGAUGACACCCAACUCUAUCUGUUGAUGGAUGGCCAUCCUGACUCGGCCCCAGACACACUGACCAGAUGUUUGGAAGCUGUGGCUGGAUGGUUAUGUGGGAGUCGGUUGAAGUUAAAUCUUUCGAAGACAGAGGUCCUUUGGCUGGGUCGGGACGAUAUAGGAUUGGGGGGGGCAACUCCCAUCUCUUACAGGGCCGCAAUUAGUGCCAGCACCGUCCGUUAAGAGUUUGGGUGUAAUCUUCGACACCUCCCUUUCCAUGGAGGCGCAGAUUACAGCUAUAACAAAGACAGCAUUUUUUCAUCUCCACCAAGCUAAGCAGUUGGCUCCUUACCUCUCUCGCCCUGACCUAGCCACUGUGAUCCACGCGACGGUCACCUCCAGACUGGAUUAUUGUAACUCGCUCUAUGUGGGGCUGCCCUUGAAGACUGACCCAGAAACUCCAGCGGGUGCAGAAUGCCGCGGCAAGACUCCUUACGGGGUCCUCGCUGCAAGAUCACAUUCACCCGGUGCUAUACCAGCUGCACUGGCUCCCGGUGGAGUACAGGAUCAGGUUUAAGGUGCUGGCUUUAACCUUUAAAGCCCUGUACGGCCUAGGACCCUCAUACCUACGGGACCGCCUCUCCUGGUAUGUCCCACAGAGGAACUUACGGUCUUCAGACAAAAACAUCUUGGAGGUCCCGGGCCACAGAGAGGUUAGGCUGGCCUCAACUAGAGCCAGGGCUUUUUCGGCUGUGGCUCCGAUCUGGUGGAACGCUCUGUCACAAGAGACUAGGGCCCUGCGGGACUUGACAUCUUUCCGCAGGGCCUGCAAGACAGAGCUGUUCCACCAGGCCUUUGGCCAGGGCACAGCCUGACUCCUCCUUUGGCAAUCUUCACAGAACUCUAGCCCAAUGGUUGCCAUCAAUUUGAUUUGAAUUAAUUUUAGAAUGAAAUGGUUUCUAAUGUUGCAUUAUUUUAUUGUUGUUAGCCGCCCUGAGCCUGGCUUCGGCUGGGAAGGGCGGGAUAUAAAUAAAAUUUAUAUUUCAAACGAAUCCGCAAGCUAGCUUCCAGGUAUAUUGAGGGGAAUCUGCUCUGCUACAUCACUUACUAGCAUGAGUGAAGGAAGGAUAAUACUUAUUCAAUAUAUCCUUUCCUACUAUCCUUAACAUUCCCACAACCCCCCCCCAUCUCAUUUGUUCUUGCAACAGCAGUGUGUAAAAUACAGGUUAUAGUCCCAUUUUACAUAUGAGAAAAGUGAGGCGCAACAGCCCACCUACUGUCUCAAGUAAUCUCUCCAAUCUACCAUGUGCUCCCUCGCUUGCUCUCUCUCUGUUUACAUAGUUUUCUAUUUCAGACAAGAAGUGUGGAGUUUUCUUUAACUUCAUAAAAGUGUGGUUUGUUUCCUUCUCAAUCAGUUUCACCUCUCUUUUGGGGAUGAGUGGUGGCGGUAAAGAGAGAAGUGUAUUUAGGAUGGCACCAUACGACAUUCCUUUUCUCUACAGAGUUGGGGAAGUUGACCUCGUGGAUGGGUUCCAGGGCCGUGAGAAGGACUGUAUCAUUGUGUCCUGUGUUCGAGUGAACAGCAUGCAAGGAUCAGUUGGGUAAGACUUUGCUGUCAUAGUGCGAGGUGACAACUGAGGUGCCUCAACUUGGCAAUUCUGACACUUAAGAUGUGAUCCUUGGGGUGGUCAAGUAUGUGGGCCACUGUCCACAAUUCAAGGUUGGAACAAGGGGUGUUGGAGCCCCUAUGGUGGUCUUGUACUCCACUCUUGACCACCUGUGAUGCCCGCAAGGGAUCUUAUGAGAGGAGUUCCCAAAGUGUGGCACUCUGGCAGGGCCAAGGCUGUGUUAGCUUCCUCAUUUCACCUCCCUUAUCCCAAUGAAUUUACAAUUCCUUAUGUUGGCGAAUCUGGGAGGGGGCUUCCACUGUAUCUAGCUGGAGGGGGAGAAGAGGGGCCUCUAACCAGUGGUAGCAACUCUUCUGGCUCUUCCAGAAAAAAUAGCAGGAUGUGAAAGUGCCUGCCUGUCCCACAACCCAAAAACUGUGUGUAUGUGCCCUUCUGUCAAACUGCCUGGAAGGAACCUAAUGGCAGUCUAGGGUAGCACACAAUAAAAGCCAGAUCUUGAAGCCAGAAGUUCAUAUUGUAAGUGGAGGUGCAGUGUGUGUUGAAGGUGAGGGGCACUUUGUCAGCUUACAACUGAACUAUAUAUCUGGGAGGUGGGCGAACAGGGAAGUUGAGGGGUUGGCAAGGCCAGAAGGAAACAUUGGGCUUUGGGGCAGAAAGGAGGGCAGAGUGCAGACACCCUCUUGCCUCUCCUCUUCUGUAGCUUCAGAUGGGUCACAAAAUGGGGAGCCCCUAUCAGAGGGCUCCUGGCUUCUCUGGGUCCAGUGCUUUUAGAUGCGCCCCAGAAGAACUGCUGUUCAAGUGUCAAGGUGGGAGUCGAGAGCAGGUCAGGAAUAACUCACAAGGGGCUGAAAUCAGGCAAGCAGGGCUGGACUUCUUUUUAUUAUUUUAUUUAAAAGUUUGGGGGGGGGGUUAGAAGGAGAAAAAAUUUCACUGUUGUGCUAAUGAUGCAUUUCUGUUUUUCAAGUCACCUGAAUCACAACAAAUAGUAUUACUCCACCAACAGGUUGUGCUGGAUAGGCAGCUGAAGGUCCUGACGUGGAAUGAAGCUGGUUUCCACCACCAGCCCACUUCCUUUCCACAUGUGCUUUUUUAUGGUGGUGGGGGUGUCUGCGCUUUGAAGCCACAUGGCGGCGGGUAGGGGCAGCUGAAAUUGCAAAAGCAGAGCAUGGACAGAUUUUAAGAUUUAUUCCUCCUUGGUGGGAAUGCCUGAAACUUUUUUAAAGCCUUUGAAAUUUAAACAGGGAUUUAGUUGAACCCCACAGUGGUAGCUAGUAGGGCACUGUGGACAUAGCUGCCCAUCCUGAGCCAGCCUUACAUACAGGGUUUUUUCCCAUCCCUAGGUGUCAGAGGCUUUAUGCUGUCAAGCCGGCAUAGAUAAAACUCCGGGCUCACGGCCAGUUCCAAUCUAUUUGAUUCAUUGACAAAGUUCAAAAGUACAUCUCCAGUGUUUCAAUUAACGUCCGACCCCUUUGGCACAGUUGCCGCGUCUGCUUUCCCCCCCUUUUUUUUACCCAGCAUGCAAGUCUGCGGAAACCCCGCCCCUGACUUCCUCUGUGUACAGAAUGACUUGUUCCAGGCUCAUCCUCCUCCCCCCCUGCCUCUGACUCGCUGUCAGACGACAGGCUGCUAAUGAUCUCUUUAGGCUCUCUAUAAGUGCUGGUUUCUGUUCUUAAAUCUUCUCCCGUCUUCCUCUCCCUGACACUAGGUUUCUGAAGAGUCUGCAGCAACUGAAUAUCACCAUCACCCGAGCCAAGUACAGUCUCUUCAUCCUUGGACACCUGCAAACGCUCAUGGUACGUGGAAGAAGAAAUAAACACCUUUGUGGAGGGUUAAUGGUGGUGUCCUGGGCUUGGCCCAAAGACACCUGGAUUUAUACACACACACAAACUCCCCAUAUCACCUCCAAAAGCUAUAAAUCAAGCCUACUUCAUAGGGUUGUUUGGAAGGAGAGCAUAACAGGAUUCAGGGGUGCCCACAGGAUUUUCUGAGCACAGUAACCUGUAUAGAUUGGGCCCUCUGCCCACACUUGCAAAAGAGGGCACACGUUGGCUCUGCUGGCUGUGGCAAGUGGGAGUUGUAGUUCAAAACAUCUGGAAAGCAUCAGGCUGGCCAAAAGGUGUCGUUAGUAAUUAUGUAUUUUGAAUCAGCAGUGUUAGGGGAAAUAUUGGGCAGCAUUUGCUUAUUUAUUGAAUUUAUGUUCUGCCCAAAUGAGCCCAGUGUGGUAAACAUGCCACACACAGAAUAAAUGUUAAAGCAUUCUAAAAACAGCUACGAUUAAAAAUCUGGGGGGACCUUUCUCUCAUCCAGUGAUCUCAGCAUUGCUAGGAACAGUGUUCUUCAACCACCAAAAGUGCCUGGCUAAACAAACAUGUUUUCAAAUGCCUCCUGAAAGCCAAUGAUGAGGGAGAAAGGCAUAGCUCCCCAGGGAGGGCAUUCCACAAAGAGGGAGCCACCACUGAGAAGGCCCUGUCUCCUUGUGGGUGCCCAGAGGAACCUGAAACUCAGGUUUCAUAAAUUAUAAAACAAUUAGGUUACUUUAGGUCUUUCCACAAUUGAGCUUAAACUGGCAAUACUAUAUUCCAGAGCUAAGGAAGCUCUGCUGCCUCCCAGUGUUGCUGGACUACAACUCCCGUCUUCUGACCUUUAGCUAUGCUGGCUGGGGCUGGUGGGAAUUGGAACCCAACAACACAGCUUCCCCACCACUGCUAUUUUUCAUGCAAGACAAGCAUGGCACUUCAGGGGGUGGACCAUUUGAUCUGAUCCACCAAGGUUGUUCGUGAGAGGCUGUAAGGGCAGGGACUGGGAAUCCUACAGCCCUACAGAUGUUGUACAACUCCCAUCAGCCACAGCCAGCAUAGCCAAUGGUCAAGGGAUGGUGGGAGAUGUAGUUAAGCAGCAUAUAGAGGGCCACAGAAGUUCUCCACUCGUCUCAGUGUUUUAACAUGCCAAACUGUGUGGUGGGGAGGGUUUAUUUCAAGCAGAGAAAGGGAUCGGGUUCUCUACCAUGCCAGUUGCUUCUGCGCCAUCAGACUCUUCUCUAUCCUGACACUUUUCUCCCAGCCAGGCUCUUGGACUGGGAGUGAGCCCUGUCGGGAGAAAAGUAGGUGGAGUGGGGGAGACUUCAGCACCCUCUUUCCCAUCCUGCCACUUUUCUGUGUGAAAUCACAAUCACUCACAUACGUAUGCACUCAGUCUUAUUAUGGUCACUUUUGUCAGUCUUGUACUGCAAUGACUUUGCCACUAGAGGGCCUCCAAUCCAGAUUUCUCCAUUUGGAAGUCCUGGUGAUGAUGGUUUGCUGUUGCUCCUGUAAAGUGGCAGAGUUGUUAGUGGACUUGCAUUAAACAAUACUUGUUUCUCUGUCACUGGUGGUUCUAUAGCUGCAGUGAGGAGGGAAGAAUAAUUGUAGCCUAUGUACAAAUGUAUCAAAAAUCGAAAGGAAGUUCUGUGUCCUAAUUUCUACUGACACCCAUUAUUAGUGGUCUUUAGUAUUUCAGAUUAAUUUAGCCAGUCUUUUUCAAGCUAAGGUCUCCUCCAUUUUUCCUUGUGGAAUGCUGUUGAGAGGCAUACUCCAAAAGCAGAUGGAGCCAGAGACCCACACAAUCGCACUCGCCCUCUCCUGCAGUGCAACAGAAGUUAGAAGAAUCUCCUCAGAGGGAGCAGGUGGGAUUGACAAGUUGAAGGGUGGUGGGCUGACUGGGAAUGCUGGGGGGGACUGAUUUGGUCACCAGGUUCCUGUCCCUGCCUUCGAAGAAAAGAGAACUGGGAGCAAGCUACAACAGCCUCUACUUUGAGGCAGCAGGAUUAACUUCGAAUCCAUGAAUUUUCCCAACUCUUGUUUAUAAACCGUCACUACCGCACCUGCCCAGUCUCCUGUCCUAAUAAUUUAUUGUUUCUUAAAAUAAAAUAAAAACCAUUGUAGGAAAAUGAAGAUUGGAGUGCUUUGAUUCAAGAUGCUCAGAAAAGAGGUGCCAUCAUCAAGACCUCCAGUGCCAAAUACAAUGUUCCUUGCUAUGCAAGUGAUGCUAAGAAGAUCUUGAAGCCCAUGGCAGUCCAGCAGAGCCAAACAAGGACAGGUGAGUGCAGCAUCUGAGUUGCAUGGAGCUCCUGGACGACAUACCUGGCAAUACUCAGCUGGUGCUCCUGCUCCAGGAAACAGCGAGGCAUGGCCCUUGCCAGUAUCUCAGGAUUCCUCUUCCCUAAAGCCAUUCUUUCCUACACAGGCUAA